CUGUGAUGUAGCCACCCAGGGUGGGGUGGGGUGGUAGCGCCAGUAUACCAUUUUAAAACUCUUGCCAGAACCUGCUCCGUGGCACGCCUGACGGCCGGUCGAUUUCUUCCGCGUUCCCACCACCGCUCUUCUCAGGCUCCGCCCCCUUUCCCGCCAGUCGCCGCGAAACCAGGAAACUGGAUUGCAGCUGCGGACCGGCUGGGUGAGCAGCGCGCAGGCGCGAGCGGUCUGGUUCCUGACGCGCGCAGCGCGGUUGAAGCCAGAGUGAGUUGCUGAGGAGAGCAGGCGGCUACUUCUAUCUCCAGCAUGGCAGCUCUGCGCUAUGCGGGCCUGGAUGACACGGACAGUGAGGAUGAGCUGCCUCCGGGCUGGGAGGAGAGAACCACCAAGGACGGCUGGGUGUACUACGCCAAUCACACCGAGGAAAAGACCCAGUGGGAACAUCCGAAAACCGGGAAGAGAAAACGAGUUGCAGGAGACUUGCCGUAUGGAUGGGAGCAGGAGACCGACGAGAACGGACAAGUGUUUUUUGUUGACCACAUAAAUAAAAGAACUACCUACUUGGAUCCAAGAUUGGCAUUUACCGUGGAUGAUAAUCCGACCAAGCCGACCACCAGACAGAGAUACGACGGGAGCACCACCGCCAUGGAGAUACUGCAGGGCCGCGACUUCACGGGCAAGGUGGUCCUGGUUACUGGAGCCAAUUCAGGAAUAGGGUUCGAGACGGCCAAGUCCUUCGCCCUCCAUGGUGCGCACGUGAUCCUGGCCUGUAGGAACAUGAGCAGAGCCAGCGAGGCCGUGUCCCGCAUUCUGGAGGAAUGGCACAAAGCCAAGGUAGAAGCAAUGACCCUGGACCUGGCCGUGCUCCGUAGUGUGCAGCAUUUCGCUGAAGCAUUCAAGGCCAAGAAUGUGCCUCUUCAUAUACUUGUGUGUAACGCGGGGACUUUUGCUCUACCCUGGAGCCUCACGAAAGAUGGCCUGGAGACAACCUUCCAGGUGAACCACCUGGGACACUUCUAUCUUGUCCAACUCCUGCAGGACGUUUUGUGUCGCUCAGCCCCUGCCCGUGUCAUCGUGGUUUCUUCUGAGUCCCACAGAUUCACAGAUAUUAACGACUCCUCCGGGAAACUUGACCUCAGCCGCCUGUCUCUAUCGAGCAGUGACUACUGGGCCAUGCUGGCUUAUAACAGAUCCAAACUCUGCAAUAUCCUGUUCUCCAAUGAACUGCACCGUCUCCUCUCCCCACGUGGGGUCACGUCCAACGCACUGCACCCUGGAAACAUGAUGUUCUCAGCUAUCCAUCGCAACUCAUGGGUGUACAAACUGCUGUUCACCUUGGCCAGGCCAUUCACCAAAUCCAUGAGCACAUGACUGCCUCAUUGGAUGAAUCUUAUUUUUACCUUUGGCUUCUAUCAACCUGACCAUGACCUGUCAAGGAACCAACGGGCCAGUUGACUGCAAAUGAGUUUGCCUUUCAUGCCAUGUUGUUCUGUCCGCUCACAACGCAAAUGAUUCCAGGUCAUUCCAAUUUAUUUAAUUAAUUUCAGAGAUGAAAUUAUCCUGCCCAGUAACUCGAUUGCUAAUGGCAUUUAUUGUAAUGGUUCUGUUCAGGUUUGCUGGUUGGAAAAUAAACUCCUUCAUUUCAAUAUUUGCCUCUUGGCUACAGCCCAUAAGCUUGUCAUAUGCCAUGACCUCAUUACCACCACAGCUUAGUUGUAAGUUAAUGUACUCCUAGGUGUGUGUGUGUGUGUGUGUGUGAGAGAGAGAGAGAGAGAGAGAGAGAGAGAGAGAGAGAGAGAGAGAGAGACAGAGACAGAGACAGAGAGAGAGACAGAGAGACAGAGAGAGGGAGAGACAGAGAGAGAGGGAGAGACAGAGAGGGAGAGAGAAAGAAACAGAGAUAGAGUGAGAAAGACAGAUAGAGACAGAGAGAGGGAGAGACAGAGAGAGGGAGAGAGAAAGAAACAGAGAUAGAGAGAGAGACAUAGGGAGACAGAAAAAGAGAGAGGGAGAGACAGAGACAGAGAGAGGGAGAGAGAAAGAAACAGAGAUAGAGAGAGACAGAGACAGAGAGAGACAGAGAGACAGAGAGAGGCAGGCUUCUAUCUUAACUACCUCGCUGUUCUCCUCACUUAUCCUCUGAACUGCUAUUUCUAACAGAUGGAUUGACCAGCAUGGUAGAACCCAUACUUAUGGGCACUUGGAUCAUACACAUUUGAACUGAAUUUUUAAAAAGUGAACGUAGGGGGCGGGAUCCUGACCCACUAGAGCAGGGCUUUGAUUUGAGAUUUGUGCAGGUACACAACAUUUGUAACUGGAAGGGCUGGCCAGGGCUUGAGGUGGGACAAUGGGUGGGACAAUGGAGCCACUAAAGAAUCAGAGGCAGAAUUAAAAUCUGCACGUGACUAGCUUUCCAGCCAGUCGUGAACAGGUUCAUUUGUCAUAUCCUGGGUAUAUAAGGCUUAUUUCAGAAUAAAUUCUGGGGAGCGUUCAACCUGAUUGAAUCCGCUCUGAGCUCCUGUUAAUAUAUUUGUUCUAGUCAGUUACACUCAACAGCUGUUUAGACAGAAUAUCACUUUUCUGUCUUAUUCGCAGUAAUGCAAUCCCCCCUUUAAUCUCCUCGUGGUUUCCCAUUAAGUCAUGAUGCUCGCUUCAGAGAAGCUGAAUCAGUUUCAGAUUAACAGAUGAACUGUUGCUCGCAUCAUCUACAAUUGUGCGUCUACCUCGCGCCCGUCUCCUAAAUCACUCACUUGGCAAGUAGCAGGACACCUGGGCACUCCUGAGCGCUCCCUUCAAGAGCCCUCAUUAGGAGACAAAGCCACUAGUCUGCAAGGCAGCGAAAGGGAGUCAUUUGUGACAAAGAAGUGAGGCUACAUUUGUAGAAUCACUGCAAGUAAGCAUCAGGCCUAGGAGCGAAAGGAGAGUCCAGGGCAAUCCGCAUCAGGCAAACACCCGUUCCAUACCCUGUGGAGUACAUGUCAGCUAUUGAAUGUAUGAGAUGGACGGUCUUCAGUAGAUUUGUAUCUGACUAGGCAUUGUAAUAAAAGGCACAGUGGAUCAGAAAAUAAAUGAGAGAAUCAAGAGCUAAAAGGAAGAGGAGGGGAGAAUAAAAGAGGCAAGGAAAGACAGGGGAGGGAGGAGAGGAAAGAAAAAUGAAGCAAGGUCUGUUUCUUUAAUUCCAUAGCCACAGGGAAGCCAUCAAGACACAUCAUCCAUAAAUACUUGAGAUUGAAUGAAGUUGCCUCAUAUAAUUUUAAUCUUGAUUUCAAACAAAAGUUUCAAGUCUUUUUUUUUUUUUUUUCAGAGCUGAGGACCGAACCCAGGGCCUUGGGCUUGCUAGGCAAACGCUCUACCUCUGAGCUAAAUCCCCAACUGUUUCAAGUCUUUUAAAUGAUCUUAAAUGUUACCUUCUUUCUACCCUAAGCCCAAAAUAAUAAUGCCUGUAUAUGAUUACCUAAAUCCUCUUUUUGGACAUCCCGUUAGCGUCUCAGAGGAACAGAGCAGGCAUGAGCAUUUGGGAAACACAGACACCAAGCUUCAGGCUAGACCAGGAUCCAUAAGUGCAUCAGGGCUAGAUGGUGAACUUUGGGCUUUGGGUUCCCUAAGGUGUCUGCCAUUGCUAGGAAAUCCCAGGGCACAGUGAAUGCAACCACUGGUAACACAUCAGUAAAUUGUCAUGAGCAUGUGACAAUAAAACUUUAUUGAUAAAACAAGCAGUGAAAUGGAUUGGACAGGAGGAUGUGAUUUCCAGUUAGAGAGACCAGCCCCUUUCCACAAGGCAGCAACAGCAGGGAGAUGCUGAAAACCAGAUUGGAAGGGGUCCAGCCAUCCUCUCCUUCAUCCCGUCUCACUCCCUUUCUGGUGUGUUGCCUCCAGUUCCUUACGGAAGGAAAUGAAGUCAACGUAUCAUGUUGAUGGAGAUACUUACAUCAUUGUUGAUCGCAGCACUGUUCGCAAGGCUGAGGCUGUAGACAUAGCCAAAGUGUCCAUCACCAGAGGAAUGGGUGGUGCAGAUGCAUGAUGGGAUUUUUUUUCCCUGGCCAUACAGAUUUUCAUUUGGUGGACAAUGAACGUAGCUGGAGAUGGUCAUAUUAAGUGAAUUGUCAAUCUCAGGAAGACAAAUGUGGCGUGCUCUUCUCACUUAGAGAUCCAUAAAAUUUUGUAUUUACAGAUGACAAGAAGUGAGGCUGUCUAGGGGAACAAGGGGCACUACAAAGAGGCAGGAUAAAGAGUGUGUAAACCAGGUGCAGGGAGUUCUGCUCUGGGUAUACUUCUAUUAAUGUGUGCCUGAAAAUGGCCUUGUGUAAUUCAGUUUAGGGCAAUUAAAAGAUAUAACAAGGGUAGAAAGGUCACCAGGGGUGUCCUUCAAAGAUGCAGUCACUCCUCGUGCGGACUCCAAAAUCCGUAAGUAAAUGUGAUCUGUAGUUAAAGCUGAGCUUGCUUCACCUCUUUGCCCCCCAAAAGAUUGUCCUUGUAGCAUCUUUCUAAUGACGCCAUCUUGGCCUGUACGCUAACAUCUGACUUACAGGAAGCCAUCAGUUGGCACAAAAAUUAAUUUUGGGAUCCAGGAGAGGAGGAGACACCUCUGCACCUUCCACGGUGUCUGAAUCCUAAGUGCAGCUAAGCAGCUUACACAGUUAUUUUAAUAGCGAGCAGUGAAACAGUGUUUAUAUUCUGAUAGUUUUAUAAUCUAACUCCAUGUUGGAUGGUUACUGUCAUUGACAUGAAGGAAUCACCCCUCGGCUGACAAUCCUGUGUAAGAGAGGCAAUGGAGAGGGGCUGGAAUUCCACUAAUCUUAGACCAUUGGGAGGCAGGAAUGUUCUGCUUCUUGAUUAGAAAUGGCUGCUUAAGAAGGGCCCUGUGUGACUUCGAUUUUCAUUGUGUCAUACUUGUGCAUGCCUGUGUAUGCAAAUGGAGGCCAGAAGACCACCUUGGUCUUCUUCCACAAAGCAACCUUGUUUAUUUGAGGCAGAGUCUCUCAGGACAUUGGCACUGCUGGUUAAGGAGGAGAGUCAGCCGGUAAAUCAGCCAAAUCUGCCUCUGCCUCCCCAACACUGGGAUGAUAAGCCUGAGCCACCAGCCUACAGUUUUUAGUGGAUACCUCUGGUCUCCAUGCCUGUGAAGCAAGUACCCUAAGGACUGAGCCAUCUUUCCGGACAAGUGGAAGAAGAUUUUUUUUCCCAUGAUGUCAUUACUUUCUCAUGUAAGAAAGCGGGUUUCAAAUGAAUCGGUGGGUCUUUCAUUCAUUCCUCCAUUCAUUCACACAUCAGUUAUUUCUUCCUGCAUUUUCUUCCUUCUCCUCUUUUCUUCCAUUUUAACAGGCCUUACUCGUUUUUUGUGUGGUGAAGCCAAUAGGUCAAAGAUGACUGACAGGAAAAUAUGGUUUGUUCCACACACAGUUCUACACACAGACCAAGCAUCCUUUCAAGCCACAAGAGCCACACAGGAAAAUACAGAAGGAAGCUGUGACAAGGCAGAGCAGGCAGACUUAGGUUUGGGCCAUGUCGCUGGUCUCUGGGAUACAGGGCUUGCUAUGUGGUUGGUUAGUACCUGGCCAUAGGCUGAAAGGGUGGAUGGAUGAACAGUGGGCUGAAUGUGAGAGCCCUGUAGAAGAGCUGGAUGGCUCCCUUGGUAAAACCCUGAAUGAGAACUGGCUUGCAUCUGGAAGGUGCCCUCAUGGGUAAUUUAUUUGCCAUGUCUAGGAACUGACUGAGGUCCCAGUAAAGAAGGGAGAUGUGACUGUGAGCUUGGGCGAUGCUUUAGGAGAGUUAGACUGCCCCCAGUAGAGAGAGGGGAAGAAAGUGGCCAACAAAAGGAGCUCCAACUUAACCUUGGACAGAAAGUGGUUUCCUAUGGUUCAGGUGAAUGUGGGAGCAGGGAUCAGGGAAGAAGAGAAGGGUGGACAGAAACAGCUAAGACCUUGAAAUCUAGCACGCUGACUUGGUGGUCCUUACUAGUGUUGUUGAGUAUGGCUGUAUCUUGACAUUGUUUACUUGUUUAUGUUUUUCCUACUGCUGUGAUAAAAUUAGGGACACAGUAACUUAGGGGGACCAGGUUUAUUCUGACUCACGGUUCCAAGGGUAGAAUCCAUUAGGACAAGAGUUUGAAGUGGCUGGUCACGUGGCAUCCAGAAUCAGGAAGCAGAGGCAGAUGGGUGAAUGCUAUGGCACCCAGCUCUUUCUCCGUUUUCCUUUUACACACUUCAGGAUUACACUUAGGGAAUGAUACUGCCCACAGUGGGCAGGACAUUUUCCUAUUACACACUUCAGGAUUACACUUAGGGAAUGAUACCGCCCACAGUGGGCAGGACAUUUUCCUUUUACACACUUCAGGAUUACACUUAGGGAAUGAUACCGCCCACAGUGGGCAGGACUUCUGACCUCAAUGAACACAAUGAAGACCAUUCCCCAUAGAUACUCAUCUCUGAGGUUAUUUACGUCCUCAAAUUAGCAACAAUAACUACCACAGGCUCCUGUGGCUAUGUGGAGAACUCUCACCUGACUGAAAUUGAAACGCAGGAGUUUGAGAGUUUCAGUUUCCCCUUAACUUAGCUGAAAUUAGUUUAGCUUACAGUGAGGCAUCUGGAGAGGUGGAGUCCAGUAACCUCCAGGAGGACUUUGAGGAGUUGGGAGUUUUUUUCUCUCAGGAUAUCUGAGAAGCAUUGUUUAGGAAGACAAUGGAUCUCAGUUUGAAUCAUUUUGUAGCAUCUUCUUGCUACACUGUAGGAAAGCUAUGGAGGUGUGUUACUCCAGGCUUUUGCAGCAGAGGAGGUGAGAGGACCUGACCAGCAGAUGGGAGAAGAAGAUAGGGAUUCUUGGGGCUCUCAGUGCCGAUUCCAUAAACCCGAUAAGCUGAAGUAGCUUUGGUUGAUGGGUUCGCAGCCAUAGUAUGUGCAUAAGUAAGGCUGGGUAUAAGCCAAGAUGGACUGUAUGUAGAAUGUAUGUGUACCUCAUACGUGAGCUUUCCCACCCAGAAUAUUCUUGUGUGCCCCUCUAAUAAAGCCAUCUCAUCCUGCACACCACUGUCUGAUUUAUGCAAAGCCAUCUGCUUCCAUGCAAGUUUUAUUCGGGAUCCAGGAGUGGAGACGCACAUGCACACCUGUCUCUGAACAAAACACUUCCAAGACAAUCUUGUUUGGUCUUUCAAACCAUAAUGUCAAGAGAGACUGCCGGGGUGACAGAGGGCAAUCCACACAUGGUGCCCGGGGACUAGAUUACUAAUCCUUCUGUGCCUGUGAAUCACACUGGGACGCUUGGCUCCCAGAAAUCCCCGUGCUCACCCGGAGCGCCUGACUCUGCACUGUGACCCUGUGCUUUCUGAUGAUGAGGUAGGGGAGAGAGGAGACAGGAGAGCAACGUGGCCCCAGAGACAUCCUCUCAUAGAAACCACACUUCUUAUCAAAGCCCUAAUUUUUGCUGAGUAAGCACCUCCUCCCCACCAAGCAGACUGACCAGGAAUAAAGGGGACCCAUAAAGUAGCUUGUGGCUCUCUUGACAUUUUAGGUCCCUGGGGGAAGGGAGACAUCAGUAGGGAUGAAGGAGACUUAUGAAGAGAACCUUUCCUGGCCUUUCUGUUUCCUGUUUUCUCUCCCCUCACCUUUAGUGCUCAUAUGAGUUGCUCUAAGUUGGUUUAGGACAAGAUCCUGCUAUGCAGCCAUGGCCAACAUCAAACUGUCCUCAAUCCCCCUGCCUCCCCUCCCCUAUGCCAGGCUUGCAGGUGUGGACCACUCUGCCUAAGCCCUCCUUUCCCCCAUUGAAUAACUUUUAAUUACAGGCAUACUUAUUACUAUAAAUUGGAAGAAGAAGACGAAGAAAAAAAAAACAACAAUCCUGUGGUUUGUUGGACCUCCGUGGAGACAUGCACAGUUCUAAAAUUAAAUGUGCUCUCCUACACCGUCUGGGGAAGGAGGCAUUUUUCAGGCAAACCAUAAGAAAGGAAAGCUAAUCUCUCGCAUCCGCUUGCCCACAUCUCGAUACGCUUGUCUUUAGAAUUACACACUGGCACAUUACUGUUGAAUGGUAGGAAGGCAGUGGCAGAUAGCAGGGGAAAGCAGAUGUCUGGACCUACGACCUCAGGAAAAUGACCUUGCAUUGCACCUCAGUUUAUUCACCUGAAAAAUGGGGUCAGCAGCACUGCCUGCACUUCCGAAGCUCCUUCGUGCCUUUAGGAAGAUAACGUGGAGACGGGCCUUUUACACAUACACCCCACCACAUUCAUGCCAUUUAUCUUAUUAUCAGUUUUACUAUCAUUGCUCUUGCCCCCCAGCAGGGCAAACUUUCCUCUUCGGGCUAAGAACACCCCCUCCCGUAAUUCUAGAGCACUUUCGUACAAGGCAAUUGUACGAGGAACUGGAGCCAGCUCUUGCUUCUUUGAGUUCAACUGUGGAGGCCACAGGAGGCCUCUUCUGAGAGAUGCCAAAAGGAGAAAAAUGGAGAUGCCAGCAUCCACAAACGUUAUCCCCGUCCCUGCAGAAUCGUGACAUCUCUGAUCCCUCCAGCGUUGACUGCGGGAUAUUUAUUAUUCAGCGAUAAUAAUAAAUCGCCCCUUAUAAAAUCCAGGGAAUCGAGUGUCGCGGAGGGGAGGAAGGGGAGAGCCGUGAGAGUCAGAGGUCCAGCCAGGCCCAGGCUAUUAAUCACCGCCCUCCAUUAUUUCUCGAAGAUUCAUUCAUUGUUCCAUGGGUACCUAGAGGGUCAAUUAGAGACCACAGACAGGCUUUUGCAAAGACACAGGAGGGUCAAUUAGACCCGCCUUAUAGUUUUCUGCUUUACCAGCAAGUGCCAGCCCAUUGCACAUCAGACUCCGGGAGCUCGGAAAUAAACAUGGUGUUUCCCUCCCCCCCUCCUUCAGAGAGAAGGAAGAACCGGACAAGGAGAAACGAAUGAGGGUAGUAACCGCCCCGUCACACGGGGCUCACAGGCAGUCAGGCUGUGGGUCCGUGGGAGCCAAAGGGAUUCGGUGACCAACUCAGACUUGUGAGGAGCAAAGUUCUUGUGGGGUCAGAGGCUCAGGAAUGGUCAGGGAGCUUCCAUGAUAGAAAGCUCUCGUCCCUUAUCCGAGGUGGCUCAUUUAUCUUAGGUGCCAUCUUAACCGUGCAGGCUUGAGGGCCCAAUUAUAAGCCAUAGCAAACAAUAGAAAGAGGACCCGAACCCAUGAUGAUUUGAGCCGGGAGAGACUGGCCUGACCUGGGCCUGAGUCUCUGUGCCCGCCAUAGCCGCUGUUCGCGUUUAGGAAGAAUUUGCCCAAUGUCAUACACGUAUUGUUUUGCACUAUUUUCUUAGGGUUCUCCCUGAGAUUGGCAGCACAUUUACGUCUCGCCACUGAUUACAAUAAAACAAAAGAGAGAGAUCGUUCCCAGUAAGGAGGAGAUGAAGGGCUAGGCCUGCAUCUUGGAGGUAGAGCAUGUGGUUAGCAUGUGUGAGGUACUGGGUUUGACUCCACAAUACAAAAAGAAGGGCAGGGAGAACAUGGAAGAGAGAGGAUCCCCGGCCAGCACCCCCAUCUACUGCUUUUCCACGUAGAAGAUUACACAUUGGCUCUGCCCAUUCCUAAACGUUCAGUCUUGUUAACAGAGUGAAGGAGCUGUUCAACAUCACUACCACAACACUCCUCCUCUUCCUCCUCCUCUUCCUCCUCCUCCUCUUCCUCCUCCUCCUCUUCCUCCUCCUCCUCCUCUUCCUCCUCCUCCUCCUCUUCCUCCUCUUCCUCUUCCUCCUCUUCCUCUUCCUCCUCUUCCUCCUCCUCCUCUUCCUCCUCUUCCUCUUCCUCCUCUUCCUCUUCCUCCUCUUCCUCCUCCUCCUCUUCCUCCUCCUCCUCUUCCUCCUCCUCUUCCUCCUCCUCCUCUUGCUCCUCCUCUUCCUCCUCCUCCUCUUCCUCCUCUUCCUCCUCCUCUUCCUCCUCUUCCUCUUCCUCCUCUUCCUCUUCCUCCUCUUCCUCUUCCUCCUCUUCCUCCUCCUCCUCUUCCUCCUCUUCCUCUUCCUCCUCCUCUUCCUCCUCCUCCUCUUCCUCCUCCUCCUCUUCCUCCUCUUGCUCCUCCUCUUUCUCCUCCUCCUCUUCCUCCUCCUCCUCUUCCUCCUCUUGCUCCUCCUCUUCCUCCUCCUCCUCUUCCUCCUCCUCCUCUUCCUCCUCUUGCUCCUCCUCUUCCUCCUCCUCCUCUUCCUCCUCCUCCUCUUCCUCCUCCUCUUCUUCCUCUUCUUCUUCCUCCUCUUCCUCCUCCUCCUCUUCCUCCUCACCACCACCAUCAUCAUCACCCUCAUUUUGACCUUGAGGUCCUCUUGUUCUGAUGCACCUUCACACAGGAUCUUGAAGUAAAAGAGAAACACUCUUCACAUAUGAGCCACCAGUACCAGCUUUAGUGAUUUCCCCACCUCCAUGCCCCACCCUCCCCGCCCUCCAGGGUGUCAGUCACUGCUUCUUGCCUCUCUGGUUUAAAAGUCACUCAGUGCCUUGCAGCAGCACUGUUGCAGGAGAUGGGGAUCCAAUACAAAACGAAAGAAGUGAAUCUCAGUGUUCAACAUUCGUGGAAUGUGGGAGCCCUUUGCAUGCUGGGCCUGCUACACAGGAGUCAUUUGUCAGGAAUGGAUCUCCAGGAAGGCUAUUGAGGACUUCAGUUGAACAGUCUAAUCUGGUGACAAAUGGAGCCAUGGCCCAAAUUUCCAAACUGCCCUCCCCCUUCAUCACUGAGACACACGUGUAUAUUUCUCUAGGACAGUGAUUUGGAAAAGGCUGCGCACACAGUAUGCCCACCAUAAGUGCUUGUUGACUCAGGGAGUCAAUAUGGCCUGUAUGACCUCCAUUCCUGACCUCGGUGAUGUUCUUCUCCUGCAGCUGCAUUGACCCCAGGCUGCUGCCCCUGGACCACCUUCUGAUCUCUGAAUAACGGGCAAAGUGAUGCCCCAUGCCUUGGGUUCUCCGUCUCCUAGCUUUACAUUCUGUAUCUAUGGGCAGAGAAGAAUCUUAACGUCUGCCGCCAUGUUCUCCCAGCUCCUUCCCCACUGCUUCUCCCUCUCCUUCUAAAACCUCUGUUCCUGCCUCCCUUCAUUCUCGUCCAAUGACAGGCCUUGUUUUAGCUUGUCUGCCUUCAACUGCAUAAUGACAUCAACUGACGCCCAGAUGGUCAUGAUUUCUGGCUCUCAGAGGACUUUUACUUGACCUACGAAAGAAUCUUUCACAAUGUAUUGUUACUGUUUGUGUGUAUAUGAUGUGGGGUAAGGAAGACCAUGGGAGCGGCAAGGCCAACAAAAACAGGCUUGGGUGGCAAAUUUGUUAUGGCUGCCCAGAUUUUUCUAAGGGAAAUGAAUGAAUUGCUAGUAUCUUAGACUUUAUAACAAAACUAGGAAUCCCUUCAUCUCUUAAAAAAGGCCUGAUGUAAUGUAGCUGACCUUUUAGUCUGGUACUGGUUGGGUGGGCUUGAGCAGCCUCUGCCCCUGUCUAGCCAGACAUGUGCCUUCUGGUUUUCUAUUCCAUGUCAGACCCACUUCCCUCUUUUUACAGUCUGUGUGACCUCUUGGCAGGAUAAUGUGUCAUAGUCUGUAAGUGUUCCUACUCACGGCAAGCUGUAACCACCUCUUCUAGGCUCUCGGCACACCAGCCUCCAAUUCACUGAGGUGACUUCUGCCUCAAACACCUUUUUCUGGGCUCAACCUGUGUAUACCUUGAACGUCUAGGACUUUGUAUGGAUCUGUGCAUCCCUCUGCCUGGAAUGUUCUAUCCAUAACUAGCUGUAGUUCUUCCAAAGACUUGCUGGACCUAUACUUCCUUCCUUCCUUCCUUCCUUCCUCUUCCUCCUCUUCCUCUUCCUCUUCCUCUCCCUCCUCUUCCUCCUCCUCCUCUUCCUCUUCUUCCUCCUCUUCCUUCUUUCCCUUUUCUUCUUCCUCCUCCCCCUCCUCUUCCGCUUCUUUCUCCUACUCCUCUUCCUCUUCCUCUUUUUCCUUCUCCUCUUCCUUCUCUUCCUCCUUCUAUCCUCCUCUUCCUCCUCUUCCUCCUCUUCCUUCUUUCCCUUUUCUUCUUCCUCCUCCUCCUCUUCAUCCUAUUCCUCCUCUUCCUUCUUUCCCUUUUCUUCUUCCUCCUCCCCUCUUCCCCCUCCUCUUCCUCUUCUUUCUCCUACUCCUCUUCCUCUUCCUCUUUUUCCUUCUCUUCCUUCUCUCCCUCCUUCUAUCCUCCUCUUCCUCCUCUUCCUUCUCUCCCUUUUCCUCCUCCUCCUCCUCCAGACUCAGCCAGGCAGGUUGCCAUCCUCUGUUGUCCCCACAAUACCCUCUCCAGCCACAGGGCUACUGUGAUAGCUGUUUACUAACCUGCUGGGCAUCACAUACUGCUACCCUAAGGUAAAAAGCCAUUCUGCUCAUGGUCAUAUCCUAAACAUGUGUGUGACAAGAGAUACAGUUGAGUCUGUCGGGAGCCCAGCAUGGGUGAAAGAAAGUGGUGGAGGAGUCAGGAGAUAGACACCUGGCACCUCCCAAGUCCUAGCGUAUGUACAUCCUCCCUUCAUGGUAAAGAUCAUCAGCAGUGACUUUUAAGAAUAUUGUGACAUCUGAUGUAAUAAGGGGACUGGACUGUUUUGCAAGCUUCCCUCUGUCCUCAGCAAAGAAGGACGGCACCCGCUAAGCUGUUGAGAAUAGUGAGAGUAAAUGGGACCUGAGGCCAGCGCCAAGGCCACAUGUAGCUAAGACACCAACACAAUUGGGGGUGGGCGUCAGGAGCAGCGUCUUCCACUGGGGAAGACAUCCUCCAGACAAUGAAUGAGUGGGAAUGACUUCACCUACUUCCCCUUCCUCACGAGGAUUCCUGCAUCACCUUGGAUCUAGAAACAUGUGUCACACGUGUCACACGUGUCAGGAAGCAAGGGCUCUGGGAGCAGUGUGGUCAGCAAAUGGACACUGGCAUAAUUCAUCAUGUGUGUCUGUUUUGUGUAUUCCACGAAGAUUUCCCUUUUCUUCCUUUUUGGAUCCUUCUCCUUGAGGGAAAGCCACUUCUGCCAUGAGCUCCUCAAUAGAGUGUUCUGCCUAAUGACGUUAGCCAUAUGGAUAUGGACAGGAAGGCUCUCUGCCCAUCCAUCUCACAGAACGCAAGGUCCCACCCGACCUGCUCUCCACCCUCGGUGUCUCAUGUGACUCACUGUCCGAUGCAGAAAGUCCAGUUCCCAGCUUCCUCUCCAUUUUUCUGUUUUGUCUGAAAUAACUUAGAUCUCAGGAGUUUGCUGCUGUUACUUUGCUUCAGAAAAAUGAUUAAGCUGUGGUCUUUUUUUGUGUGUGUAUAAUUUGGUUAUGAGGAGACAUUUACAAAGCCGUUCUUCCCUUCCCUUCUCUCUGUAGUUUGAUAGAUUACAUGAGGAGGGAUGAUAUUUUUAUGUACAAAUAUCCAUUGCAGAGCUUUUCUGUACAUAGUAACGUAGAAGAAAGCACAUUCUUUUCGAAGCCUAAAUGCUCAAUGCUGUUGGGCUAUGAGGAUGUCCCCACUUGAUUGGCAUAGGAAAGGAAUGUCACUAGCUACUCCUGGCCUGAACUCCCUCCUGGCCAGCCUCUCACCACUGACAUGGAAACCGACAGUGAUAAGUAUUGUUUUGCAACCAAUGUUUUCUAAGUAAAAGGAACAGAGCUGUGGUGAUUGGGGUAUGGGGUCAAGAGUUUUAUGCUCUGCAGGUUCAGUGAUUGUGAAAGCUAAUAAAGAUAAAAAAUUAAAAGCAAAAGAGACGUUCUACUUAGGGUUCUUUAAGCUGGAGUUCUUGCUGCUCUGUUUGUGCGUCAUCACUGUGCAGCAAAUCAGCACAUACUCGACAACUCCAGCCCCUACUCACUCACUGGCUGCAGUUCUGUAGGUCGAAAGCAGGGACUCGUUUAGCUGCUUUAUCAUCUCUGAAGCUCAUGAGGACCAUAAGGUGUCAGCUGGAGCUGCACUCCUUUCUGCCGACACUGGAGGGAAAUCCACUGCCACAUUCGUCCAAGGUGUUGGUAGGAUUUAGUUCCUUAAAGCUGCAAGACUGGGGCUUGAGGUUCCUCUUUUGUCAUAGCAGGUGGCUGCCUUCUGCUACUGGAGGCCACCACCCAUAUCCCCUGACACUCCAGGAAAAGCAACAGAGACUCAUAGAUGGAGUCCCUUUAAUGUAUGAUUCUACCUUUUGGGUUGAAUCCCCCUCACUUUCUCAACGCUGCUGUCUGAACACAAAUAGAAGGACUUACAUGAUUUGGACAUAGGGUUUGGAAAAUCUAUUUAGAACAAUGCACUGACAGAUCAAUGCCUGGGAGAACCUAUGUGUACAUCAUGGACUGGGUGUCCUGGAACCAUAGAGUUUCACCCGCAAAAGCUAUGUGUGUUUGUAUCUGUGUGUGCAUGUGCAUGUGUGUAGUGUCUGUGUGUAUGUGUGUGUGUGUGUGUGUGUGUGGUAUGUGUUGUGUAUGCGUGUGCAUAUACAGGUGUGUACAUGUGUGUUUGUUGUGUGUAGUGUGUAUAUAUCUGUGUGUAUCCUGUGUGUACUGUGUCCAUGUCUGUUGUGUGUAAUGUGUGUAUAUCGUAUGUGUGUGUAUGUGUGUGUGUGUGGGUGUGUAUGUGUUCACUUUGUGGAGGUGUGCAGGAGCAUGUAUGUGCAUGUGUCUGUGAUAGCCAGAGGAAAGUUUUUGAUGUUCUUCCUCAGGAGCCGGCCACCUUGAAUUUUGAGGUGAGAUCUAGUACCCCGAUCUCUUUGUUUGUGGUCACCAGCCAUCCUCAAGCCCUCUCCUGUUUCCACCUCCUCAGUGCUGGAAUUACAGGUGGGCACCACCAUGCCUGGGACCUAACUCAGGCCUCGAUGCUUACCAGGCAAACACUCUACUGACCAACACACCUCCUCCUCAUCCCUGACUUAAUUUUAAAUAACAAAGCAAAGACUGGCAUUUCAGAGACGGGAAAUGAAGGAGGUUUUUAUACUUGAAGAUGAUGCCCUGUAAGGGAACUUAGGGAAAGCACCCAAAUGUAGUCAGAGGCCCAAUAGUGUGAAGACCUUCAGUUGUGCAGCACACGUGUGACCCCACCUGAAAAAGCAGAAAAGCACGCAGGGAAAGGAAAGGUGAGUGUAUGGCCACGAGCUGGGACCACUGAGUAAGUGGAUGUCACUUGCUAGCUCUGUGGUGGCAGAGAUAGGCUUUCCACAGAUGCCCUCCUGUCUUCCUUUUCUGCUGUGCUGGCUAGGCAUGGAGCAGUGUGAGGAAGGAGGUAAAAUGAGCCCCACAGAGACUUGGCAUCUGACCUCUACCAUGUCACCCUUGCACAGUGCUCUUCUGAGAUAUGACUUCAUCUCAACCCCUCCCCCCACAAUUACGCUUGAACUCCCAGUGCAGCCAUGUGACAUCGGUGUCGGAACUGGCAGGUUCAUCCCACACCAGUUCAUUCACACCCAGGAAUGGAGGUGCCUUUCCUUUGUUCUAUUCCAAUAGAGGACCAGCCAGGCCUGGAAGGAGUGCUCGAGGAGGGAAGUACUCCAGGGAGGGAGGGAGUCCUCCAGGGAGGGAGUACUUGAGGCAUCUAAAGUACUUGAGAGUGAGUCUGAGCUUGGAAACUCAUCGGGCUAGGUGUGUCUAUCCCCAUGGGACCCAAGGCCGCAUGACCAAGGAGAGCAGUGAACCCAGCCCCACACAAAAACCUAAGCUUACUUAAAACAUGUGAUAGUUCUGCAGUUUGCUCUGCAAACUGAUGGCACAAUUCUGGACUGAGAUCUUCACAGAUUAAUGGCUUUUUGCAAUGUCAAAAGGUCUGCCCAGGCAUUCCAGUCACGCCCAUUGGCUCAGGGAAGACCAUGUGGAGGGAAGCUGACUCUUUAGUAUCCUAACACAAGAGCAGGAACCUGGCCUGGCCUUAGAGUCCUCCCAUUUAAAGCCUCUCACAACAUGAGAGAGUCCCCAGACAAGGAACCACAAUUGGUUAAUUACAGGAAGACAACCUCACACACUCAGUGGCUCCUCUUGCUUCUCACCCUACCACACACCACCAAAUCCUUCAGAAGAGGAUUACAGAUGUUUUCUCCACCCCCCUAUUCCUCCCUCUAUCUCUCUUUCUUUGCACCCUCUGCACUCCACACUUCAAGCUAAAUAUAAUGUAUCUGAUUUCCCAUCAUACAUACUAAUCAGGAUUGAAAGUUGUCUUCUGGGGCUUUAAAAAGCUAGCCAAGAGCGGUGCGAUUUCUCCAAAAGGAUGUCUGCAAUCAAGAUGAUUACAUGGGAAAAUAAAUCAUAAUUUAUAUUGCUGAAAAUGUCAUUUGCAAAAAAAAAAAAAAAACACUCUGACAAUGCCUCCCUCGGUCUACUUCUCUGUGUGGGAUAAACGCUGCCCUUUUACAUCUCUCCCUCUUUCCUUAUUUAUUUAUUUCCUUUUAACGAUCUGAAUACCUCAGAAGCAACUGCCGUUUUGGGGAGGCAGGAGGUUGUUGGGGAAUACAACUGACAAGCUGGAAAGACCUAAAUUGAACAAUAUGAGAGAGUGCAAGGAUGUUCUGCAUUCAGGAUGCACGUGCGUACACGCCGACAUCUUCCUGUUGAAAAGGAACUCCCAGCCAGACUCUGAAACCAAAGGCUCUCAUCCGCCCACAUGCCUUUAAGUCAGUGAGCACACACACCAAGUUAUCUAAGAGAAUCGAUCAGUGAUGAGACUUGCUAGUCUCUCUUGGAAUUAAAAACUAGCUCCAGUUUUACCCUGGUUGACAAACAUCAGGUGAACGAACACCCAUAGUUAACACUCGAGGCUGACUAAAAGUGGCCUCCGACUCUCACCCCUCUCCAUCACGGGACUACCCUUGCACCUUGGAGUUAACAUCUUCCCGUAAAGAACCCUCCAACCUUCACCCCUCGGUGGUCCUGACCAACAGAGCUCUUUCACACACUCUGCUCAAAACCUGUCUAAAGCUGUGGUGUGAACAAGCCUACCAGGUAGCGCAGGCAACAACCAAGGCUUAAAAGUGGAGUUGCCUCGCCGCAGCCUGCUAAGCUCUCGUUGCAGACCUGGUGGAACCAGAGGCUAAACAGGGUAGUCGUUGUUUUACAUUUGGGGGUCAUUUCUUAUACAGUAGAAGUUAGUAAAGACGCAAGGAGGGAGCAAGGGAACGGGGAGCAAGAAGACAACUGCUUCUUCCUCAUUACGGUAUUCAACUGGACCCUUUGCAAACACCCCGUGAAACUCUCAGGCAUGUUGACAUCAGAUGUCUUCCUUUAUUGCCAUCCACCUUAGUUGGGGGUCUUACGCUGAGCAUGGGACCUAGGCUGGCUGAUUCAGAAGUUCCAGGGAAUCCCCCUGUCUUUGUUUCUUCUGCGAUGAGACUGCAGCCAUACUCUGCCCCGUCGGGCUAGGAAGCUGGUCCUGGUGUUCUAAACUGAGGUCCUUACACACAUAAAGCAAGAACCUUACCUGCGGAGCCACCCCCCACCCAAGAUCGUAGGCCAUUCCAAGCAUCAAAGGAAACCCUCGGUGCCAGAGCCCUCAGUCCUUAUAGACUUUGGGGGCAGGUAAAUGCUCUAAAGCAGGAGAGGGGUGAGCUCUGCCUGCCUGGGCUCUGUUGACUUCCUCUCCCACGACUUCCGGGACAUGAGCCCCAAUAGGACAGGCAAUAAAUGGAGGUGAGGGAGUCGUGACCCCAAAGUGGAUCUUCCUACUUCCUCCUGUGUUCCUGUUGGGGGGGUAGAGAUGGCAGUGAGUGGGCACCGACCAGAUGAGGAAGGUGACAAUUGCUGUCUUCUUGUUACCUUAUAUUCAUCCACUGGAGAAGGCAGAGCUGUAGACGGUUUCCACUGGGGGGCUGAAUGGAAGGGAGAGGGGGAGGAACAGCACAGAGAGUGAGUAGGAUGGUAACUCUACCAGCGUUGACACAGCUCAGACGCACACUUACUAUGGGCUACCCAUGUGCCAGGCUCAUGGGUAAAACGAUGCAUUAUCUCAUGAUCCUACACCAUGAAGAAGACACCAGGCUCACAGUGGGCUGCUGAUUAUCCUCGACAUGACAGCCAUGUGGGUGAAGAUCCUGGCUGGAGUUCUUAUCACCUCCUGGUCCUUCAUAAAGGCUCUACCAGCCACAGGAGGUGUUCUACACCAGGGAGAUGGGCCCAUCCUGUUAUGAGAGCCUCCAAGGCUCAUUGCUGUCUCCCACCCAUGCACACAAAAGGUUUAUCUGAUACACAUAUUACAUAGGAAUGAAAUGAGUGUUCCCACCAGCUCCGGAAAGUUCCACCUGACCCAAGCCAACUUAAUCUUCGUUUAAAAAAAAAAAAAAAGAAGAGGAGAGGAGAGGAGAGGAGAGGAAAGGAAAGAAAAAACAGGACCAACAAAAUCCUGCAGGAUUUACCACCCAAGCCUCCAGCAGGGCAGCCUCUGCCAGGCCCUAUAACCAGGCCUAAGUAACCCUGAGACCAGCCUGCAGUCCAUCCUACUUCAGAUGAAACACGAAUGAACCAACUGCCCUGUUCCCAGUGGCUCAUGGUGUGUGUGGGAGUGUGCAUGAGGUUAAUUCUUCAUUGUAUUUAAUGGGACAUGAACUGCCCCAUUCAAUCUUAGGCACUACAGAGCUAGUAUGGUAAAAGCUCUCAGAUGCAAGGUGCAUGGUGGGACUUAAAUCUUUCAGAAUUACUUUAAUAUCCCCAAAUUAAUAUUUUGUUAUGGUUUUAACUCUAUUUUUAUUAAUUCUUUGAGAAUUUCAUGCACAUAAGCAACGUAUUUUAAUCGUGUUCAUCCUCCCAUUUCUCCACCAACUCCUUUCAGAUCCCCCCAGUUUAUGUCCUCUUUUUCUUUUUUUCUGUUAUAACUCACCGAGUUCAAUUUGUGCUGCCCAUAUACUCACGGGGGUGGGCCCAUGUGAUGGAUAGUUUUAAUUAUCAACUUGACACAACUUAGAAUCACCUGGGAAGAGAGUUUCAGUGAGGGAUUAUCUGCAUUGAGUUAGUUUGUGGGCAUGUCUGUGGGGGACUAUCUUAAUUAAGUUAGCUGAUGUGUGAAGACCAAGUCCACUGUGGGCAACAACAUUCCCUAGGCAGAAGGUUCUUAAUUGUAUAAAGAGUGGAGAAAUUGAACUGAGCACAAGCAAGCAAGAGAGAGUACAUGCCUGCCCCCCCCCCUCUGUUCCUGACUAUGGAUAUGGUGUGACCAGUUGUUUAAGGUUCCUAACACCUUGACUUCCCUGUUAUUACGGACUGUAACCUGGAACUGUGAGCUAGGGUAAAACCUUUCUCCUGUUUGUUCUUUUGUGGUAGUAUUUCAUCACAGCUGCAGGGAUGACACUAGAACAAUUACUUUCUAUUAUAGAUUUUAAAAGAUGUAAAACGAAAACAGCUGCAACUUUUCUUAUGUAUGUGGAGAUAUCUAUCUAUAUCAAUAGAUAGAUAGAUAGAUAGAUAGAUAGAUAGAUAGAUAGAUAGAUAGAGAUUAGAUAUAGAUCUGUGUGCUUGAGUGUGUGUGCAUUGGUAUGCAUUGGUGUGCAUGCACAUGUAUGUGUAUGUAUGAGGCCAGAGAUAACUUCUGGUGUCAUUGCAUUAGAGCCAUUUACCUUGAUUUUCUUCCCCUCCUUUAAACGGUCUUUCUCUGGAACCUGGGGCUUGUCAACCCUACAAAGCUGACUAGCCAGCUAAGCCCUAUGAUUCUCCUGUCUCCCCAUCCCCAGCAGUGGGAUUACUGGCACAACACCAUCCAGGUGUUUUACCUAGGUUCUAGAGCUUGAGCUCAGGUUUACAUUUGCACAGAAAGCACUUUACUAACUAUACCAUGUCCCACGCACCAGAUUCCACUCUCUUAAAUGACAGGAUAACCACCUGCUAGCAUAAGAUUAAUACCAGUGUCCCCAUGCGCUUUCUCUGGUUGGUUUUCUACUAGGUUGAUAUAAAGGCAGUUGUUAGAAGCCACCACUAUUCCUUGCACCCUCAUGUUCACACCUGAACUCUCACUUUCACCUCCCACCAGCUUUGUGAAAAGCUGAGUGGCUGUGCUUGGCUUGUCCCUCUGGCUUGUAGCAGACAUUCCGAGUAGUAAGAUUGGAUGCACCUGAGACUGGCCCAGUCCAGGAGGGUGAAGCAAACCUCUAGGGGCUCCGAGGAACCACGAAAUGCUCACUAUUGCAAAAGACCACCUGAAAUGCCAAGAGAUCUGGGGACUAUGGAAAAGGGAGCAGCAUGAGCAAAGACGUUCUCUCCUUAGAAAAAAGGGUUGCUCCCACCCUGAAACAUUAGAUACAGGAAGUGUGCUUUUCUAUAAAUAAUGUCCACGUACAUAUAACGUAUUUGUUCUGACAAGGGUCUCACGUAGCAAGGAUAGCUUCAAACUCACUGUGUGGCGGUGAGCCUUGCAUUCCUCACCCUCCUGCCUUUAUCACCAGUGCUGAGGUGAUAGGGAAGCACCUCCAUCCAGUCAUCUAAUAAACCUUUGGGGUACAAAAUAACGGGUAUUAUCAUGGCAUUGUCUGUGUUUGCCCCAAUACCUCCUCCCCUAUUUGGCCUCCCCCUCCCCCAAACGGUUCCCCUUCUGCUCCCACCCGAGUCUGUGUGUAUGACGCAUAUACGGGAUUAUGUAUUUGUAAGUCUACCUCCCCCUUAAACAAGCUGACCCAUUGUCAUUGCAUUGAAGCUACUUUUUUUUUUUUUUAAUUUCUGGAACUUUCUGUUUUACUUUGCCUUUCCAGUCAAGACAGCUACCGUUGAGUUUGUGGAAAGAAUUACCAUCUCCGUCCCCUCUCCCCUGCGUACCCUACCAUUGGCUGUGUCUUCAAAUUUAUACUACGCCUUUCGAGGAGCAGCUGGGGGAAGGGGGGUGCGGGCGGCGGAGAAAAUGUGAAAUGUUAAUGCCUCCUCUCCUAACCGCAGCAUUGUCAGCUCCGUUUUGUACAUAUAUGAUUAUGAAGCAAUUUGCAUUAAAUUUACACCUUUUCAAAUUUUGAAAAUUGCUUUGUUGAGAGAGAAUCGCUGCACGUCCCCAAUACCGGGCUGAUUAAUCACAGUUCUGUGGAGGAGACAUAACAUUUUUAUUAAACUCUCAAUGAGCAGGAAAAUGAACACUUCCCGCACUCACCAUACCAAUGUCAUUAGUGAACGUUUUCAUUUACGAAAGGCCUCUCCCUCGUCCCGAACCUUCUGUCCUUCCCGAAUUGACCACAGCAUCUCCUCUUGAGCAGGUGAGAGACCGUGUUCAUAACCGCCAUGAAGCUUGUCCACAAGCUCCCGCCACUACCCGAUGACCCAUCCGGGUCUCAAAUGCCCAUCUCUUCCUCUCGUCACUUGAGACUCUCCGUGCUACAUCUCUGAAUUUCAUAUAUAGUCAGGGAAGGUUUCCACCCUGAAGAACCAGCAGGGCCAGGCAGGACUAAAACCCUGAAACACCCAAGUGGCUGGGAGAAUGAGGAGAAAAACUGUACUUUGUUGACUGACGCUCAUGUGGUUUCUGUAGUGGAGGCUUCUACUAAGGUUGGAGCACACAAGGGACCAAGAGGGGCUUUUGGACCCGGACAGCUAUAUUGCAAUUCAAAGAUAUGGUUGUGGUGCAGAGAGUGGAGUGGUUUGGUGCAAACAUGAGGGUACUGAGUUUAGAUCCCAGCACUCACCUGAAAAGCCAGGGGUGAUGGUGGACACUGUGAUCCCAAAGCUGGAGAGGCAGAGGCAGAAGGAUCGCUCAGGUUUGCUGGCCAGUUUUACUCAGUGGUUAACUGCAGACUCUGCGAGAGACCCUGCUUCAAAAGUAGGUGGGGAACAAUUGAGGGAGACACCUGAUGGCAGCCUCUGGCCUCAACUUAUGCACCUCACCUCCUACUCAUUCGUUUGUCAGUAUUUCGUUUUAGCGUGCACCUUGUUUUACGGUUUAGCGUACAUCUUGUUUGGAUGCAAACUGUUCGCCUUCAUCAGUGACCUCUUUGGCCUUGGUCCUAAUCUACUAUGUUGAGCUCUAGGUACUCCUGGUGCCUCUCUAUGAAGUCUAGGUGUCCUGAAAAGCGUAUCCUACGGUUAGAACAUGCCCAAGCUCAUCAGUCUGAAGGCCCUGCGAAGUUAAUGUCAAUAAGCAACUAGCCCACAAACACCAGGAUGUUAGCAUAUUAAAUAGUUGAGCAAUAACAAGAACGGAAGAGGGAGUGGAGAGGCAGGCAUCAUCUUACAUUGUAAGGGGGAGGUUGUCACCAGGAGUAGCCAUUUUGGGAAAACAUUGGUAUUAGCUAGUGGAGUAACAAGCAGCAGUUAAUGCUGUCAGUGGAAUAGAUUAAGGUUAGGAAUGUUGUAGUAAAGGGUUCACAAUGGCAAGAAACUCAAAACUCCUCAAGGAUCUCCGCAGUAAAACGGGGAAUACGGUGGCGGCGAACAUAUCCGCACAGUGACGUGCUAGACAACUGUAAGAAUGAAUGAAAUUCUAUAGCCUGCAUCAACACAAACAUAUCUUCCAAACACAUUCUACAAAAUAUGAGAAAACAAGUUACGUGCCAUAAUUAGCACGGUAUGGUUUGAUUUACCAGGGUUGUAGAACCCUUAGGCGAUACACACUGGCUAGAGGUCUCACAUCGCUUGGGACCGGCCUUGAGGUUUUGCAACGAGCUCCAAUCCCUGUUCUUGCUCUGUGACCAGAUAGCCUCGCGCUCUCUCUGCCACACUUCCUCCAUCAAGAGGGAAGUGUCCCCUUGGCAUCUAAGCCAAAAUAAGCCCUCCCUCCCUUAAGAUGUCUUUGCCAGGCAUUUAGUUAAGGCAAAGUACAUCUGUCUGUUUCCUGCCCAGUCAUGCGCACUGGGCUGCAGGCCUCUCUGAGGUUCUUCCCUAGACCGAUCGCCAGAAGGGCAAACGCCAAUGGGAUUCUGUCCUGAUGGCACAAACAUCCAGUGGUCUUAUGCUAUCACGUCCUCAUGUCCUGAGGUCUUGGGGCCUUGCUUGGGGCCAAGGUUUUGCCUUUCCCAUUGCUCUCUCAAAGCCAUGCGUUUGCCUACUGUGUGUUGGGAACUCACAGACCAGGAUGGAGUUCUGGACCCCAAACACCCCCAAGGCCUUCAUCUGGUCUUGAUUAUCUUUAAUAGUAAAAAGGAAAAAAAAAUCAUUGACUCAAGCUACAGUAAUUCUAUUUACUUUCAGCCAAAUACGGUGAAGUUAUCAAACUGUGGUGGCCCCCUUGCCUCACAGAUAGAAAAUGCCUAGAUAAAUACAGCGGAGGACAUUUUUAAACAUGUAAAAAAAUCAAUUUUCAUAAGGUUACAUCUUUUUACCUCUUUAUAUAAAACAUGCUGUAUUAAAAGAGAGAUUAAAUUUUACUCUGUGGACUAAAAUGCAAACACAAAAUUAUUUUUUCAUUUUUCGGAGCAUGCACGGGAUUAUCAUUUAUUUAUGAGGCUUUUUUUAAUCUAGAAUAUAUGGAAAUCUUUUCUUGAAGCACAAUAUAAUAUUGAAUUGGGAAUGCUGCCUGACAGUUCCCCUCUCACGCUUGCAGAGAAUCAUUCUCCUGUAUGAAUUUUUAAAAGAAACUCCAAUGCUCUCUGCAUCUCUGAGGGAAAAAUGUGGGACACCGUCCCGAGCGAGACACCUUUCCAAGGCUCCCUCCCGUUUUGUGUCCGUCCAACUUUUCUGCCAGAGACGAUGCCUCUGCUGUUUUGCAAAAGUCACACAAUGUCCACUCUGCCAUCUCAGGCUUGAAGUUUCCCCUCGUUGGGCCAGUGAGAUGGUUCACUAGGGAAAGGGGCUUGCUGCCAAGUCUGAGGCCUGGAGUUUGAUUCCAGGGUCAACAGGAGGAGGGAGAGAUCCCACUCCUGCAAGCUGUGCCCCAUCCUCCACCUGUAUACCAUGACACACAUGCACGCGCAUGCGUGUGUGCGCACGCGCUCGGACACAGACACAGACACACAGACACAGACACACACACACACACACACACACACACACACACACACACACACGAAUGUAAGUUUUAAAAAAUGGUUUCAAAAGGUAAACUUGGCGAAGAAUUUCCUGCUGCAGAAGACCCUUCUCUGAGAUGCAGUAUUAGAUGUUCAUGUCUCCUUUGUACCUUUUUCUUAUCCAGAGGCACUGGCCUCAGAAGGAUGUUAGCAGAUUUUCUUCUAGUGUGUUCUGACGCAAGUGUCCAUCUCAGACCCUUUAAACAUCAGUGGCAAAGUCUCACAAUGGUGAUAGCAGGGAACACAUGUGUGUGGACCCCAUGUCUAUGUGUGUGUGUGCACAUGCACCUAUGCAUGUGUGGUAGGCCUUUCCAUGUGCACGUGGAGGCCAGGAGUCUGCCUUGGCUAUCAUCCCACAGGUGCUGUCUAUCAUGCAUUUUGAAAACAGAGUCUCCUUGGCCUACAGCUUCCCAAAUAGGCCAGGCUAGCAGGCCAGAAGGCUUCAGGCUCAGCCUCUCUCUGCUCCCCGGUGCUACAGUUGAGAGUAUUUACCACCACACUCUGCCUCUUUGACAUGGGUUCUGGAGAUGGAACCCAGGCCCCACGCUUUCACGGCAAUCAUUUUACUGACUGAGCCAUCUCUCCAGCCGCCGAGAACAUCUCACUUCAGCACAAGGUAACACGCACCAAUUACAGUGUUGUUGAUGCCUUUCUGUGUAAUUAGAAAUAAUCUCAUACCAUUAGCUUACUCCGCUCACGUUCAAUUUUAUAUUUAUGUACUAUAAAUAUGUAUGAAUAACAAGUUAAACAUAAUGUAUAUAUAGUACGUUGGCACACAUUCCAAAUUUACAGAGGCAGAAAGAUGGGUAGACACACGGAAAGGCCACCGUUAUAAAUGGGACGAAAGAAAUCCAUUCAGACCCCCACUGAAAAAGAAGAUAUGAAAACAUUACCGCAUAUGAUGUCUGCAUAUUUUUUCUGGCCCUUCAUGCUGCCUUGUGAGCAGGGGCGAGGGUGACAGUGGGUACAGGUUGGUCUCCUUUCAUUUUCACAGCAUCAGCCACUCUACCAGGGGUCAUUUGGAGGCAGAUCAACAUAACACAUAAACACUCUAAGUAAAUGACAGUGAACGCUGCCAGGCUGGGGACACCUGGGCCUCUGUACUGGAGGGGGCUGAGCCAUUUCUUCUCGGAAGAACAGCCACGUGUCUGAGAGCGCUGUGACAGCUCCAAUUAGCCUCACGAUUCUUCGUGAGCUUUCUUCUUUUCCAGAGACACCACCACCGCCACAAGAGAUGGAAUAUUAUAUCACACCCCUUCAUAUGUUGUCCUGGCCUCUCGUGGAUUUCUUCCCAGGGGAUUUUGGUUGGUUCUUCUUUGCUUUUCUCUCCAUUCUAUCCUGCCGUAUCUCCCAUUUUCAGUCUUGUGAGUGUUUUCUUUUUCUAGUGUUUUGGCUUUUAUAUUAUCUGUGUUUAAAACUCGUUGGACUUGGAACACUCACUACCAUUGGUGGUGAAUGACUUUAUCAGUGUGGCAGUUUGAGUGAGAAUGGCCCCUACACUCCGCGUCCCCAGCUGAUGAUUAGGAAGUGUGGUCCUUCCCGAGUAGAUGGGGCCUUGUUAGGGGAGGCAUAUCACUAGAAAUGGGCUCUGAGGUUUCAAAAGGCCAUUUUCAGGCUCAGUGCCUCUCUUGCAGCUCUCAGUUACGCUUCCAGGCUUCCAGCACGGUGCUUGCUUGACUGCAGCCGUGCUCGCCACCAUGAUGCUAAGAGACUACCGUCUCAAACUGUAAGCGAGCCUCAAUGAAAUGCUUCUGUUGUAUAAAAGGUGCCUUGGUUGGGGUCUCUUUGCAGCCACAGAACAACCAGUGAAGUGCUUGUUCUCCAGGACCCUGAGUUCGAUUCUCAGAACCCACAUAAAAUGCCAAGUGCGGUGGUCACACAGAAUGUCACUCCAUCAGAACUGUCAAGGUGACGGGGAUCACCUCUAUCUCCCGUUGGGGCAGACAGAGGUAGGGGCUGGGAAAUACUGGCCCUCCACCUUCUCAGUGAUGGUCAGCAAAGAGCAUCUACCUUGCAAGGUAGUCUCAGAAAUGGAGCAACGGGGCUACAUCUUCAUGUCUGCAGGGAUUCCUGGAACAUGAGAAGACUGGAGAGAAACAAAAGCUUCUUUCCUGCUAGAAAUAAAAUUGCUGAGAAGUCUCUGGAGCCAAGGGAAGGGGCCAGCAUUUCAUUCUUAACCCACAGAUGCCAAGUGUGGGAGGGAAGCAAGGAAAACCCAGCAAGCAGUCAGGAGGGACAACGCCGCUUCCUCGAUGUCUCUCUGCCUCUGUCUCUCUGUCUCCUCCUAUCUCUCCUUCUGUCUGUCUCUCUGUCUCAAUCUCUCUCUCUCUCUCUCUCUCUCUCUCUAUCUCUCUCUCUAUCUCUAUCUCUAUCUCUAUCUCUAUCUCUAUCUCUGUAUCUGCUUUCCCCAUUACUUUUCAAGCCCUUUGAAAGCAAAAGUUGUCUAUUCUAUUUGCCGGAAGGAACUUCAUCAGGGCUGAGAACCCAUUGCAGGCCGAUCACCUCUAAAAUUCCACAGGAACGGUAAUAUCUCCUGCCCAUCAGAACCCUCCCCCCUCCCUCCAUUCCCCUUCCCACCCCUCACCUUCCCACUCUCCACCACCCACCUGACCAUGCCACCACCCCACCCACCCCCUGUGCCCUGACCAACCCACUGUGGACAGAUUACCAAAUAGAGGGACAGAGCAAAUGGCACAGAAAUAAUUUCUUCAGCCUAAGCAUGCUUUUCUACCACAUUAGUUUUUUCAUCCAAAUGCUCAGGGGUUAGUAACACUCUCCGCCCUGCAGAGAGAGGCAGAGAGUGAAGGAUUUAAAGUUCAAAGCCUGCUCCGUGAAGAGUGAAGUGGUGGGGGAGGAGAAGAAAAGGACUGGCCUUAUGUGAGGUGGUUUAGAGUUAUUACCCCCUUUCUAAUGCCGUCUAUGAUGGCCGUCAUUAGAGUGGAUUCCUAAUAUAUGCUCCCACCUCUCCAUGUCCUUCCUCCGUCAGACACUCCUUGUAGCCUAUUUCUCUGCUACCUGCUCACCCAGGUGGCAAUUCCUUCUCUUAUUUUCAAUUUAAUAAAUUUUCUAAAGGGUAUCUAUGAAACCGGUCAUGAGAAAUCAACCUUUUGGCCGUGUUAGAAUAGGUUUGAUGAUUUAAAAAAAAACAAACAAAAAAAACCACUUCUCUUAAUUAUUGAUCAUUUCAUUUUUAUGCAACAUAUAGCAAGUGUUUUAAAAAAAUAUUUACAACUCCAAUCUUAAAAAGAAAAAAAAACUUACACAUGGUCAUUUGAACUAAUUGCGAAAAUGACACUACAUUAAUUAGCUAAUUAAAAGUCUCAAGCAUGUGGCUAUUGUAUUCAUUGGGCUGGAAGCCAGCAUCUUCUAUAGCUGAGAAAGUGGGUUAGCAUAAUUCAAUAUUCAAUUGCUGCACCGGUUUUCAUAUGAAUAGAUAAUACGGAGCAAGCCUUAAAUCUGGCUGGGGAGAGCUAACAGGGCUGGUUUUAUUUUAAUUGAGUUUUAAGCACUUCUAGGCCAUCUCAUUGUCUUCACACUUUAACCCUUUGGAGUUGUCACUACCUGCCUGCUCCUACCUUAAUGGCCAUGAUCUGUCUAGACUAUCAGAGACCUCUAGGAGGGAGGGUGUUUUGUUCAUGGGGGUGGGGGGGGGGCUUGCAGGCUACUGAGUAUAGUAGAGGCCAGAGAACAACCUUGGGCAUCCGUCCUCAGCUUUCUCAUCCACUUCUAGAUUAAGCCUCUGUUGUUUGCUGCUGUGUCUACCAGAGGAGCUGGCCCUGAGCUUCUGAGGAUUCUCCUUUCUCCACCCCCCAUCCCAUUGUAAGAGUACUGUAAUUAGAGAUGAUCCCUAACAUCCCAUUGUAAGACUACUGCAAUUAGAGAUGCUCCCUAACAUGCCUGGCUUUUCCCAGGGUUCUGUAGGUACAAGGUUAAGGUGACAAGGGCUUUACCCACUGAGCCACCUCUUCAGCCCUAUGAAUAUGUUCUUGACCCAUAAACACCUCUACCCACUUGUUCUUCCCACAGAGAACCCAGGCCACCAUGGAUGGAAGUCCUUCACACCAGCACAUCGUCUGCGCCUUAGCACAGCAAGGUUAUUUGUGAGGGAAAUUCUCUCUUGUAAUACCAGGUCCCCUUUAGAUGACAGGACUUAAUACAAAAGUUCUCCCCAUACCAACUAGUCACGUAAGUUGAUUUCAUAGCCUUUUAUUUUAUAAAGUUUUGCUUAUCGGGUUUGUCAUCCCGAAUUUGAAAUUGAAAUGCGUGGUCUCCCCGGAUGACCUUAUCGCAACUGACCCCCAAAUCUAAUCACUCCUCGCAUCUGCGAAAAUCGACAAAUAUGUCAGGCAUACCUCGGGCCAUCAAAACAGUGUUUUAAAUAUUUCAUUUGUAGGCAAGGCAAAGACCGUCUUCAGGUUAGUCCUCUGAGCAGGCACAGCACUGGUGGCUUUGGUCUCUCUGAGCUGUAAUCAGUGCUGAUUACCCAUGGCUCUUUAUAAGCAGAAAAUGUAUAGUUGUACAUUCUGCUUCAGUGAUUUAUUGAUCGUAUUUACAGCCAGAAGAAUGCCUCUCAGUGGUCAAUACCUGGCCAAAGUGUGUCAGGUGAAGGCAGAAAAUGAAGUGAGAUCUAUACUUUGGACGGCCAUUGCUGCUCUGCUGUACCCUGCUUGUCAUUUGAGGUUGCUGUCGAGUGUAGAUAAAAAUUAUAUUAACGUAGACGGCAGCGUAGCAGAGUACACACCUCAUCAAUAGGACAGAUUUGCGACUUCUUAGAUGUCAAGAUUUAUUUUUCCAAAAGUCACAUUCUCACGUCAAUUGUUGCCCAACCUACAUAUACUAGGCUUUGAUGUGUAAAGACCUUUCUAAAACUCUGGAGAGCUGGGAAGGUGGCUGUCAGUAGAACGACUGUCGUGCAGUUAUGAUGAUCUGCGUUCGGAUCCCUGAGGCCCACAUAAAAAGCCAAGUGAGGCGAUGUGUUUGUGUAGUCUCAGCCCUGAGAAGGCAGAGAUACAAGGUCUCUGAGGCUCUCAGGACCACUGGUCUUCAUGAGCUAGUGUGCUCCAGGCUCAUUGAGAGACUCUUUCUCAAAAAACAGAAAGGAGAAAGGAACAUGCCUAACAUUGAGCUCUGGCCUCUACAUAGAGGCACAUAUAUACCCAUGGACACACAUGGUCACAUGUACAAUAGCACAUACCCAUAUACAUCAUGCACACAGAGAGAAAAAGCGUACAUGUGCUACAGGGGUGGAAAAUUUAAAACAUUUAGCUAAACAAAAAACAUAUACUAUCUUAUGUGUCUGGUAUUUCUCUCUCUCUCUCUCUCUCUCUCUCUCUCUCUCUCUCUCUCUCUCUCUCUCUCUGUUUUCUUUUUCCAUUGGUAGUAUUGGGAAUUACUGGUCAGACUUUGUACAUGCUAGUCGCGUGUGCCUUGAACUUGUGAACCUUCUUUCCCAGCCUCUUGACUAGUGGAUAUUACGGUAUUGUAGGGCUGUGUAACUGGAUGUUGUUUGUCUCUGAUUCUCUGUUGACCAACAAUAAUUUUACAGAAAUAUCAAUAGGUCCAUUAUUUGUUUGCCAGUGGAACCUCAGCCUUACCUGGGCGUGUCUGUUUUGUCUGUUUUGAUUAAGUAGCAAAGCACAUAUCCCAGUGCUUUAUAGUAAACUAGUUCAUAGAAGGGUCUUCCUCUAGGUCACUAGAUGAACUUCCUCUGGGUCCCUUCUGUUCAUGGAUCCUCCUCCUGCAAUUGUUUACGAAAUGUCCCUGUGCCCUAGUCUUCCCCAAGUCACUCGUGUUAGGCCUUGCCACCGAUGUGCUGAGGACUUCCUGUGUGCCUGAACUCUGCUGAUGUUGGAACAUAGAGAUGAUGGAAAGCCCAUCCUGCCCUUGGGCUGGAGAGAUGGCUCAGUGGUUAAGAACGAUUGCUACUCUUCCAAAUGACCUGGGUUGGGUUUCCAGAACCCAAGUGCUGAUUUAUAACCAUCUGUGACUCUAGGGGACAUGAUGCCUUUUACGACCAUUGUGGGUACCCAACACUCAUGUGGCAUACAGUCACACAUGUAGGGGAAAGAAAAAACUCACACACAUAAAGUAAAAGAAAUGAAAUCUAAAAUGGGAAGGAGAAUAAGGAGGGGAAAAAAGCAAGAUCCUGCCCUAGAGAUGUUACAAUCUUCAGCAUUUAUUGUACACCAAGUGCACAUUAAAUCUAUUCCAUUUUGACUGCCAAGGAGAGAGCGGGAAUUCACAGUGCUCUUGUCUCUGCACAGAGCUCUUAAGUAACGCAGGAGUCAGAGGAAGUGGGUCCUUUGCUCUUGAAAUAUUUGUUCUUGUAAGUCUUUUCCUUAGAGCAUCUUCUGAACAUUUGAAAUACGUGUGUUUUAUGAUAUUCCAGUCUCCAUGUCCAGGCAGCUGCUGGGCCCUGUGGCUCAAUGACAGAAGCAGACAGAGCCAGGGCCAGAGCUCUCAUGAAUCCCUCAUGCCCGGAACAGGCAACACCAGCUUCAAAGAGCAUGUUGGUCUCUCUGGGUGAUUCUGAUGGCCUCUGGACCUGCUUUAAGUACCAACUCUAGAACUCAGACUGCCCAGUGUCAGAUCAGGGGCCACCAUGAUGUCUUCCAAUAAAUGACUCCUAAUGGCUUUCUACUCCAGAGAGAGAGUUAUCUGUUUCCUGCAGCCGAAUCUCUUGUUAUGAAGUAGACUGCAGAUUGCAGGCUAUGUGGCAAUGUGUACUGAGAAGAGUGCCUAGGAGGGGCUGCAAGUGUCCUUUGGUAUACACCUUUCUUCCUGAGCUGCCACUAACUGGAUGAUGGCAUGAUAAUUUGAUGUGGGAGCCUAGGAGAAGGACUUGGGACCUACAUCCCUAGAGGUAGUAUUGGUAAUCCAGAGGCUUUGGACACGCAGGAGCAAGAUUCAAGGGCAAGGCUGCCUUUGAGGAGUCUCCUGCAGGUGCACUUGAGCCUUCUCAGAGCAAAACCAGUUAGUACUGCAUGCCUAUUGGGCAAACGUGUGAGGCUUCUUCACAUCACGGCUACGUGACAUUGCUAAAGGUCCCUGGCCUCCUUCUUCUCUGAAAGUUGCCUAAGCUUCCACAUUCAUAGAAGCCCACAGUAGCCUGUCCCUCCCUCUGUGGUUACACAGUGCAGUUACAGUUGAGUGUUUCUUUUCUAUCUUCUGCACCAGAGUUUAAGAUCCAUGAAGUCGAAGGCCCAGCCUGUGGCUUGGUUCCCUCAGCGUUAACGCAUUAACGUGAGGCCCAGAAGCAUCAUCAUCACUUCCUGUGUGAUUCUCAUUGUGAUGGCUAAUACUGAUUGUCAGUCUGAGAGGAAAUAGAAUCACCCAGGAGACAAACCUGCUGGGGUGUUUGUGAGGGAAUGUCUAGGUUUGGUGCAUUAAGGUGGAAAAGCCUAUCCUAACUGUGAGCUAUGCUCUCCCAGGGGCUGGGACCCUGACCAAAUAGAAGAAAGUGAACUGGGCACUUACAUCGUCUCCUUCUCUGUGCUAACUAUGGGUGCCAUGUGACCGGCUUUCUCGUGUUCCUGCCGCCAUGUUUUCACCACCAUGACUGACUAGACCCUCAAACUGAGAGCCAAAAGAAACCCUUAAGUUGAUCUUGUCACAUAUUUUCUCACAGCAUUGAGAAUAGUAAGUGAAAUAAUUCCCAUGGCUAAUGUUUUUUGCCAUGGACAGUGUGACCAAAGUAAUUGGGUAGCCAGCAGAAUAGUUCAGCAGGCAAAGAGGUUCAGCUCCUCUUACCAAUCUUGAUGAUCCGAGUCUAAUCUCCGAGACCCCCCCCCCACACACACACCUGGCCGCUGACCUCCACAUGUGUUCUUUUAAUCCUUAUACACACACAUGUAUGUAAAGAAGAAAAAUGUAAAUUUAAAAAUCUCAUCCUUUUUUCCCAAGCUAAGUGAAGCUGGAAUUUAUCUCAAUGGUAGAUCAUUUGCCUAUCGUGCCCAACGUCCCAUGUUCAAUCUCUAGCACUGCCAAAAUUAAGUAAACCAUGCAAACUGCUCUUACUUUACGGCUGGAAGUAGAGUUAGCAGUAAAGCACCCAUCUGACCUCAGGGGUACCUAGGUUCAGCCCCCAGCACUGAGAAAACACACAAAGAGUUCCUGUUGACCAGGAGAAGCUGCCAUCUGCUCUCUUAGGUCGUGCGCCCCAGUGUGCUAAUUUCCGAGCUCAGGAUCCUGGGCUUCAGCAUUUAAACGCGGUUGCCUCCCAGCUCCCCUUUAGUCACACAGGGAUACCAUUGCUUCACUGCUCGAUUCACAUUCAGGAUUAAACAGAAAGAUUAUCCUGAGCCCAGCAUCCAACAAGAGCUCAGUGUACGGCCCAAUAUAUGGCGUCAGAGCAUGACUUUCAUAUGCACUGUGACGUUUGGGAGGGAGGUGUGCUGCUGAGCUGAGACUGCUAGACACUUGACAUGGGCGAGUAUCUAGUCAGUGACACUGCUUGUAUAAAAGUCAAAGGCUUCCGCAGGUGACAGAAAUCAGAACAGAGCUCGCCUUGCUAAGAGGUGGUGAUCUCCAAAGGCCAGGAGCAGUCUUCCAGCACACUGUAUCUGUCACCCUGGGGGAUGUGAAUCCAUGGGUGUGCACACUUGUGCCAAGUUAGCAGGCUGAACACACAGUAUCAGAGUACACAUCAGCCACACCCCAGAGUUAAACUUGAGCUAGUUUUCCUACCACCCCAACAGAAAUGGUUUCUCCAACAACUCAAGUGCUCUGAGGGUUGCUGAGACAAGAGUGGCUGGGCUGGGGUGACCGGCCCGCUUCCCCCAUUCUCCUCAGGCCUAAGCCCUGGCCUCUGCAAAGGCAGUUACAGAUCUGCUACUCAAAACCCGAAAGUAGAAAAGAAAUCCUUCAGCCAUGUCUGUGUGAACUAAAUAUAGUGUCCGAUUUCUGAGCCUGUGGUUCUGACCACCCCCGGGCUAUUUCUGACCACGGGGACAGCUUAAACAGUGUGGUCCGUGAAAUGUCAUCUGCAAGCUCUAUUUAGGGCCAGGAGGAGAAAGGGCUUCUGCUCUAGGCAGGAUCCUGUGCUGAAUGGAGACCAGUGCCCUGGCUGCUGGCCAGAAAGCUGGGGCCCUCUCUGCCUUCUGUUCUGAAGCACGAGGGUGAGCCUUUUAGUGGUGGAGUUGACCCACACUGCUUUGGACUCCCUUCCCAAAGCUGAGUUCGUGCAUGUGCUCCCCCCACCCCCAGCAUCGAAGUUUUGAUGGCAAAGGGGACUAGGCAUAGCCAGUAAGUCCCCAGGAAGUUCUCAAUGUUCUGCUUCUUUCUCUUCACUUCCCCAUGGCGGUCACCAAGAGUCCUUUACUUAUUUUGUUGCUUCCUCCAAGUCACUUGACUGCAGUUUGCUCCUAGAGACCCAGUCCCAAUCCUUUGCCUGCCUCCACCCCCAAGACCAGGGUAGAUUCCCAGUUGUCAUGAAUACCCUCGCUAGUUCCAGUGACUUCCCAUUAUGCCUCCACUCCUGGAUUGCCUUGUCUUGUGCUCCAGUUCUAGCUGCUAACCUUCCCACUUUUCUGGACCAUGUGUCAUAACUUCCCCAUGGUGUCACUGCUCCAGUGACCUGAAUCAUGAUGACUCUGCCCAGGCCUCUGUGUCCCUCCCUGUACGUGGAGGAGCAGGGCUCCCCCUCUUCGGUUCUGUUCCUCCUGCUGAGUGCAAGCCGGCACUGUCUCAUCUCUCGGCUGCUGUAUCGGAUGCCGUGCCGCUCAUUAUACUUCCCCAACAACCUUGCACUAUACAGUUACCGCUCUCCAGGUUACCAGUGAGAAACCAGGCAGGGAAUGUUGGUGCUGUACACCCAUAUUCCCAGCCUUUGGGAGAUGACAGCAAGAUCGUGAGUUCACGGUCAGCCUGAACCACAUAGGUAGAUCCUGUCUCUAUAUUGCAACACUGCACCUGAACACAUACAUAAACGAUAGAAAAUGUGGAAUGAAGUAUUCAAUAAUUUACUCAUGGUGAACCAGUCGGAGUUAUGGCGUUAGAAAUGAAUAACAUUUACUGCAGGCCUUUUGUGUUUUGGGGAGUGUACUGAGCCUAGGAUACUCUUAUUUCUUUUCUAGAAUGUCAGGGUAAAGAUACCACUGUGCCCUUUUUGACAUGGGGAAUUUGGAUCAAGAAAAGUUAAGUAUAAUAUGGCCAAACAAUAUACCCAAGGUCAUGUAUUCAGAUCAGAUUCAUUCUGUGUUCACUAAAUACCACACUUCGUCUCUUUUGAUAUAAGCAAACUUUUAAUUCUGCAGGCUUGCCGUCCCAAGAUUCUGCAGUGAGAGUCUGACGACCCCCACUAAGGCAUGUGAACACCUUGCUAUUUGGAAAUGAUGUAAUGUAGUUAGCGCACGUCGUAAAAUUUUUAUGACAUUUCAGAGAAACCAACACAAAAUAGAGCCUAACUCUCAGAUAAGAGUUUGAAAAACAACCCAUACAGCAACUCUCCUAUCGAGUUUUAUCAUCAUCCCAUUCAUAAUUGAUUCCAAACUUGCAUGAAUCUUUCAGGAUAAGUGUCUUAUUGAUUAUCUCAGAAACAAGCGAUCACUUGGCAUCCUGGUUCGCUCACCGCCUUGCACUGAUUACUGUAAACAGACAGGUUGACCAGAAGAAAUAUCACUGUCUUUGGCACUGGGCACCCGGGACAUUCUGGGACAGAGUCAAGGAAGGGCCCAACUCGAGAGCUGCUUGGUCAAUGAUCAUUGCGCUAUGUUGGACGUGGUGAAGGGGGGGCAUGGUCUGGGUAGUGAAGCCGGUCUUGAGCUGUUUGUCAUCUCAGGUCUCCCUCCUGUUAGAUGUGCAGUGGGUCCCAGUGAAAGCCAAUCCACUGCUGUCAGGAAACAUUAAGUCUUUUAGGUAGGUAGCAUCAAUAUCCUGCUGUUUGCUCAUGGCUAUGUAAAUCUCUCUCUCUCUCUCUCUCUCUCUCUCUCUCUCUCUCUCUCUCUCUCACACACACACACACACACACACACACACACACACACACACACACCUGCCUCCAUUCUUGGAAAUGACUAGAGUGUUUACAAGGGACUUAAGCUCCUUGUUUGUAGUUGUGGAAGCUAUAAUGGAGAUGAACUCAGUAUUCGGGAGCUUUGUCUUCCCACCCAAGGGGCUGUUGUACCACUCUGGUCUGGUUGCCUGCAGACCUUGCGCUGGUACAGGGUGGUCAGGAUCGACCAGGGAACUGUGUAAAAGGAAGUCUCCAGGGCAGCUCCUGAGGAAGCCUUGAAGUACUCUCCACAUGACCAUAGGCCUAAAUUGAACAGGUUGGGUGCCUGGCAAACAGGGCAGCCCGACUUGUGGGGUUUGAGUAUAGAUAGUGAAGAAUGAGGCCAUUGAGUAAAAUUGGCAACCUGGCUUCUUGAGGCUGUCACUGGCAGAUGCUUAUUCUAAACCUAGGGUACAAGAUAGGGCUACUCCGCAUCCUAGGGAGCCUUGCUGUCACAGAACCCUGUUCAACAGUAAAACUUGACCUUUCUUCACACACACACACACACACACACACACACACACACACACACACACACACACACACACGGGGAUGUCAUGUGUCACUUACUACUAGAUGACAUCUACCAGGAAUCAGUUCUCUUCCUUCUAGUGUGAGUUCCAGGUUUUGAAGUCAGGUCAUGAAGCUCUGCAGCAGGGCCUUUACCCACUGAGCCAUCUCCCAAGUCCUGAACGUUUGCUUUGGAGUGGCCUCAAGGUGCUCCGUGCAGAUGAUGAAAUUCCCUCUGGUGCUAGAUCGUGAAAUUCUCUCCUGGCUAGAAUCGUGCAGCUUAGCAAAGCCAUGAGCUACAUCAGAGAAGUGGAUAUUUACGCAUAGCCUUCCAGUAAGAGUAUAGAGGUAGCUGCGAUUAAAUGAUAAUGUGUCCACAUUGAGUGUGUAAAUACAGUUUAAGGAACUGCCUAGGGCUUAGAGUGUGUGCCUCUUAGGUUUCUCUUGGUGUUCACUCAUUUAGCUGUCUGUCCGUUGGCUUUAUUUUUCUUGGUGGAUUAAAAAUUUCCCCUUCCCAUAGAAGAAAUAUGGCGGGGCAUCAACCCUUCGGAGAUGGGAGGUGGGAAAUAAUGGCAAUCACAAAGAGGUAGCAAGUUGCUCAGAACUUCCCCAAGAAGCCUGUCAAUGGCAGUGACAGCUCAUGAAGUCUGCGGUUGAUUUAUCUAACGUUGCUCUUCCUCUGUGUCUCGGGGCCUUCUAUGAUGCAAGGAUUGCAGAAGCAGGUGAACUAUAAACCCUGCUCCUUAGGAGAGAAGAACAAACGGGAAAAUAGCUAACCAUGGCUAACAGACACUCGGGAGACAAAGAGACAGUGUGUUGGAUAUGGUUAGUAUAAAGGUCGUUACCAUGAGCGAUAAAGACUCCUCUAAGCCUAACAACUUGAGAUGGACUCCUCAGGACCCACACAGUGGGAAGAAAGAAUCAACUCUCACAAGUUGUCCUGUGUUCUCUACAUGUAAGUCACAGUGUGCGAGCCAAAAUUAUGUAUGUUGUUUCCUGGUUACCCAAAGGAAUGCUAGUCUCAAUACAUGUGUGUGUGUGUAUGUGUGUGUGUGUGUGUGUGUGUGUGUGUUUAUAUAUAGACACACUAUGUAUUACAUACAUAGAGUAUAAAUGUAUUUAUUAUAGUAAGGAAAUGUAAUAAAUUAUAAGAACAUGAGAGUGUGUUAUAUUCUGUGGAAGUCCUGCGGUGGAUAUAAAUGAUGAUCAGAAAGAGUUCAGGAAGCGGCCCUCAACUUCAUUUGAGAUGCUUUUUGAAGACUAAGUAGGACUUUUCCUGUCAGGGAGGUAGGUGAGAUUUCCAAGGAGCAGGUUAGGGGAGGAAAACAUAGAGCACCAAGUGUAUUGGUGGAUAGCAGAGCUCGGGGUAGAGAGACAUAGGCAGGUACUCCUGCAGCUAUGUCUAGAGACAUUAGAGCCUGUAGAACAAGCUUGCCAUUCAGGGCAAGGUCUCAAAACCUGAGGCUUCUGAAGAGAGUGAGGAGAGAAGGAGCCUGAAGGAAUUGCAAGGCCGAGUGGAGGAGAUGAACACUAGUUCUGCCGGGUUUCAUUUGCAGCACAGGAUUUCCAGGAGAUCCUCAUGGAAGUCUCACGUGAAAGGCGAGUGGGUCUGCCUGCAGAGGAGGGGUCAAGAAAGCAGCUUCCCACCCAGGUCUACAGAGUACCACUCACUGCCCAAUGACUUGACAUUCCCAGUGUGGUGUUUUUCUGCGUAUAAAGCGUGCUCUGGGCAGCUGAGGUGAGCCAAGCUGCACAUAAGCAGCAGCCCAAUGCUCAGUGCUCCUCACCCUUAGGGAGACAGCACAUGCCACCCGACUGAAGGAGAGAUCAGGCAUGGUCAGAGAAGUGAAUAGACAUCAUCAGCUUCUGCCUUUGUGUUGGAUUUUUUAAGAGCUGUAGGAGUGCCCAGCACUGUAAUCAGACAGCCCGUGGAUGGAAGAGGAGCCUUCUGGCCUCGUGUGCCUCCCUGCAGAACGGGGGACAUUUCCCUGAAGCCUUCCAACACCCCUCCCGGGACUCGCCCUCAGACUGGAUGGUACUCAGUGCCACUGAGGACUCACCUUCCUGCAUCCUUGCAUGGAGGCUUGUCCUGAGCAGCCAAACUGUAGCCUUUGGGUCUCCCCUGCCUUCCUCUUUCUGGCACUCACCUUUAUCCCCAGGAGACCAGGUUGAGUGUCCUCAGCAAGACACUGGUGUGGAAGGCUCAUUCCAAAAUUAACACCAGACAACUUUUUUGAUGUAUGUAUAUCAUCAGCAUAUCAUAACAUGGGGCAUGUAUGGAGGUCAGAGGGCAACUCUGUGUAGUUGGUUUUCUCCUUCUACCUUCUCUCGAGUUGCAGGACUUGAACCUAAGGCUCCCAGUUUCAAGGGCAGCUCCUUUACCUGCUGAGCCAUCUCGCUGGCCCGCAGCUGAGUUCUGAAUUCAUCUUUGGAAACCUAAUGAGGCCUGUGAGCUGUCAGGCUUACCAACCCGGAUAGGAGAGAUCACAUGUCAGUUUUUUCCCCGUUAUUGAGAGAAGCUGAAGGAACCAAUAUAAACCCCCUAAUUCUGGAAGCUUCCUGAAGAUGCAGGUUAAACUCCUACAGAGAGGGAUGCCCAGAGUUAAUACCUAGCAAGCUGACUGUGGCUGAGCAGACUGAGAGGGUCUGUAAUUACGCUGAAGAGAAGCCACUUCUGGCUUCAUUUUUCUAGAGAACAGCCACCGGCCACCCACUGUACAAACACACACAAGUGACGAUAACCGUAAGUGUUUAUAACAAUGUGCCGAUCGACUUCUUAUUUCAAUAGAUAUCCAGAUUUAUUAUCCCUCAAGGUAAGCAUUGAUUUUACCUUUGUCUCCGUCAAUAUUUACCUCUGAGGUCAAUAUGUGUGGGUAUUCACCUCAGCUGCAGUCGAUAGCUGUUCCGUAUUUACAAUAUAUGGUGCCCCUAUGUGAGAAUGGGGAGCUGUGUGGCAUUACAAAAAAAUCUGUUAGUCAAGGGAGCCUCUCGCCAAGUGAAUGUACUUCUGUUUCAUUUGAGUACAUUUUGGCUGUUUAGAGGUCGGAUUCUAGUUCACUUCGUUGAGAAUGGGUGUUUUCUGCUGCAGGCUGGGGUUUCAGGGGAGGCUAAGCGUGCAAGCCAACACGUAAUGAUAGAGAACUGAAUGCCGUCUUUUGGAUUGACUAUAGCUGUGAAAUUACGCAUCUUACAAAAGGGACAAGAAUGGGAAUGUUCCCGUGCUUAGGGCAUGGAGUUAAUUCUCAUCUCUGGUUCGCAGGAAGUCGGGUAACCAAUGUAAGGGGCAAGAUGAGGGGGGAGAAGCAGAGAGUCCUUGUCCUGUGUUUCUGCCUUUGUUAAGCUGGAGUUGGAAAGGGAGGUAGCACAUGGCCUGGGCCAGACAUGUGCCUAGGAUGUGCGGCUGCUGGUUUAAGGAUCUGACUGUAAUAGUCCGGGUUUUGUUUCCUUCCUUCCUUCUUUUCUUCUUUCCUUCCUUCCUUCUUCCUUCCUUUCUUUCUCUCUUUCUUUCUGUAUGGGUGUAUAGGCAUGUGCAGGUGCGUGUGUGCCUAGGUGCGUGUGUGCAUAGGUGUGUGUGUGCCUAGGUGCGUGUGUGCAUAGGGGCAUGUAUGCAUAAGUGUAAAUGGUGGUCAGAGGCCCACCUUGGAUUGUAGCUCCUCACUAUGGCCUCGACCUACUAGUCUCCGAGCGGAAUCACAGUGCACCAGUUAAGCUAAGCUGUCUAGUCAGCAAGUUCCAGGAAUCAGUGGAUUCCCCAGGGCUCAGAUCAUAAAGACAUAAGCCCAUGUCCUGCUGUGUGUGAGGAGUCUGGGCACUGGGCUCAGGUCUCAUGCUUGUGACACAUGUUUCACAGGCUGAGCUCUCUCCAUUUGCUUUUUUGUGAUAUCAAGACAGGGCCUCCUGUAUCCAGUCUUGUCCCAAGCCCCCCACAUUUUGGAGUAUGACCUUGAACACCUAAUCCUCCUGCCUCUUCUGAGUGCAGGAUUACAGGUAUGGAUGACCACACCCAGUUGAAGAGUGACAGGGCAUUGAACCCCGGUUUUGUGAGCGCUAAGCAAGUACCUGAGCGGAGCAGCAAACGUGCUCAUCUGGCCGUCGUAGGCACAGGCUCACCGGCUGGCACUGCCUGUCCAAAAUCUUUUGUAUUUUCUUUUAUUGGAUUUUUAUUGUCAUUUAAAAAUAUUUAUUCACUGUCGUAAAUGAGUGCAUGCCGUGUACAUGUGGACACAUGAGCCAUUGUGUAUGUGCAGAGGUCAGAAGACAAAUCGAUGAGGUCAUUUCUCUCUAUUUUUUGUCUGGGUUUCCGGGCGGAACUCAAGCCAUUAGGCUUGUAAAAAGUGUGUUUACUCACCAGGCACCUCACGAGCCCUGGCUUGUGAAUUAUUGUAACUAGCAAUUUAUCCGCCCACUGUCCAUUCUCUCUUGUGACACACCUGUCACCCUCCUUGUGACAAGAGACUAGACCACGAAACACAAAAGCGCACAACUCUUGCUGCCAGCCUAAGUGUUAGGCAGAGGCCUAAGGAUGACCAGAAGCAGCUCUUAGCCCCUACCCUAAGCCUGCGGGCGUAGGAGGAGCCACGAUACCAAGUCCUUUCAGGGACUUGUCCAGCAGUCGGUAGAGGCACUUUGCCAUACCUGUGCCCUUCACAACUCACAUCCUGGCACUUCUCAGACAGUACAGGAAAAGGCUGUAAAUAAAACAAACAAACAAACAAAUAAAUGUGACCCACACAGGAAGAGAAUUGGAGGAGCAGGUGGGGCCAAGACACAGCCCGCAAAAGUGAAGGGGUCUCAGGGACAAUCGGAGCCCUUGGGAUGACCGCGGUCCAUUCAGUUCUCUCUGAGCUGCCAACAAACAACCUCCCCUCAUUUCUCCCCUAGCAGCCGAGCGAUGGAGCUCUGAACUCCAUUGCUCGGUCCAGCUGUGUAAUCAGCAACACUGCGGAAGUCUCAGUCUCCUCUCCCACCAAAUGGGAAAAUACCAAUCUGAGGACGGGAUCCAACAAUGCUCAUAAAGUCCUCAGCAAGAACUUUAUAAAGUCGCCUCCCUUCCUGUGUCUUAUUAAUGUCCAUCCUUUAACCUGUCCUCGGCUUUAUCUACUGGCAUCCUUAGGGCCUUUUUAACCCCACAUAUGAAACUAACUCACGGACGUCUCUGUAUGCAAGGAUUCAUUUUACCCCACACAGCACGCAAAGUCGGUUGCUGAGAUUUCCCCAGACUCUCCUCCUCCGAGAUUGGCCACAGCAGCAAAACCCAAAACAAGUGCAUCCUUUUGUAUCAACUAUGGCAAAAUCCCGACCCUCAUUCAUUCAUUCACUCAUUCAUUCAUUGCUUGUUUGCUGCAUGAAGCUGACUCUGCCCCCCAUCCAUAAAGUCCAAAUCCUAAGCUUGCCCCAACCCGUUACCAUUCUAGUACCCAACCUCCUCCUCUUCCUGUUCCCAUAAGAGGUUGAUAUUCCCCCUGCUUUCUUUCUCCUGCUUUUAUGGAAGCCCUGGAUAUCACAUGCUGAAGGCAAGAUCUAAUACCCACAGGCCACCCUUGGCUCCUUUGUCCCCUUUACAACUCAUAGGCUAUCCCCAACUUGACACUUAUUUAAAGCGUUUAUUUAUUUAUAUGGCAUUCACAGAACCCCAGGAGCGGCCCUGGCCCCUUGAGAUGUAAAUUAAAGCAACUUCAUUUUCAUAGUUUCUCCGUUCCAAAUCCCCCAUUGUUUAUUUAAAUAGCAGCCGAUGCAUCUUGCAAGUCAAGGAUGAUAAUUAAGGGAAGAAGAGCUGGUCUCUCAGGGAAGCUGUGCUUUCCUUUCACAGCAUCCCCCAGCCUCACUGUCAAAGGCCAGUGCAAAAGAGCUAGUGCCCAGGGAGCCAGAGAUGUUUGUGGGGGAGGAGUACUUUAUCAGGAGGCUCGAUGUUGGGGGAUGUUGGAUGAUGGGCCUGCUGCCGGAGCUCAGCCAUGCAGAAUGGAACCAGACAGAGCUUUUCCAGUCUCGCAUGCUUCUCAGUCUUCUCCUUGUCUGUCAUCUGCCUCCCACCUCCAUCCAGCACACUACAGACAACUAAUGCAGGGACCCUGCCACACACACCGGGGCUGACCACAGGGUUGCAGGAAAUGUGUUCUUUCUGGCCUUUCUCUGGCUGUGUCCAAGGCUCACCUCAGUCGUGAGGUUCUCAAUCUACCUUCUUCUCCACUCUAUCCCCCUACCAGAGAUGAAUAGUGUCCUUCACAUUGAGAAGAGGAGAGCCACCUCCUCCUGACCAGUGAGGAGGCUUGACACAGUUAACCCAGCCCAAAUGGACCUGGGGUAGUUCCCUGCACACUGCUGACAAAUCCCCGAAAGCAGUAAAGGAACAAACUUCACACUUCAGUGUUCAAAGCGGGUCAUGUGGAGACCAAGAGUGUUUGCACUGGGGCAGGUGAUGGUCCUAAUUUGAGGAAUAUGAGUAGUUUUUCAUUCUCUGUUCUUUCUCCUCCUUUGUAAAAUCAGUUUUUUUCUGUCAUCGCAUACAGCAUAUUACACUAUGGAACAAUACAGUAGACUUCACUGUUUUGCACAAACACAGACUGUAAAGCGAAAAACUGUAUCUACAGUUUCCUUGAGGGAUGUAAACUUGGAUAUUAACAUUGUUUUUAAAUAUUUUAUACACACACACACACACACACACACACACACUGUAGCUGUCUUCAGACACACCAGAAGAGGGCAUCGGAUCUCAUUACAGAUGGUUGUGAACCAUGUGGUUACUGGGAAUUGAACUCAGGACCUCUGGAAGAGCAGUCAGUGCUCUUAACCACUGAGCCAUCUCUCCAGCCCAUGGGUACUGACAUUUUUGUCUGCUCAUUAGUUUCAUGUAAUAAACAUGAAAUCUACAUGAUCAAGGUCUGCUGAUGAGUCUGGUUUCCCAAAGGGUCACUUGUUGGGGUCAUGGCCUUUUGAGAGCCUGUAAGACACAGAGGAAGGUGUGUUCUGCCUGAGUUGUAAGGAGACUGUGGGUGUCUGGUCCAGGGGGCCAGAGGAACCCAUGGCAGGAAUAGCUGGGUGCCUCUCAGCUGUUAAAAAUAACCUUCAAAUCAAUGUUGGGGGGACACAGAGAUGAGGAGGGACAAGCCAACCAAAGAGCAGGUGACAAAGCUAUGGAACUUCCUGAUGGGCAGGCUUUGGGGUAAAAGCUCAGACCAUGCCAUUAGAAGUCCGCAUAAAGAUUCAGCUGUGAGUUACCUAGGAGGAGGAGAAACCCUGCUUUAUUAACUUGAAUGCAGAGAACAUGGAGAAUGCACACCCAUCAAAAUAAAAUCAUAAGCUCAGCAGGAGGGUGCGCCUCUGAUCUUUCUGCUCUGAUCUCAGCAGUGAUGAUUGCUAGCUUUGAGGAGUGGGGAUUCCACACACCAUCCAUCCAAUCUCAAAGCGCCCCACCCCUCACUGACUCACCCCUGCUGCCUCCAACACCUUCCUCCCUAAGCUGUGAAGAUGCUUUUUAAAGACAAAUCCCUUGAGCCCUCAGCUUGCCGGCCCCUUCUGCUCUGAACUCUUGCUCCUUGUUCUCCCAUCACAGGCAGAUCCACGAGCUGCUGAUGCACCUUGGGACUCUGGAGCACUCAGUGAUGUAAACCAAAGUCCCCUCGAGCUCCUAAGAGAUAGGACCUAUUUCCAGGAGUUUCUUACUUGCUCAUGUAUGAUCCAUUAUCUCUCCAUCUGUCCUUCCUUCCUUCCUUCCUUCCUUCCUUCCUUCCUUCCUUCCUUCCAUCCAUCCACUCAACCCCGUUUCUUUUGGUUUCUCAUUCCCUUGUGUAUCUGUCCAUCUGUCCUUCCAUCCCUCCAUUCCUAUUCCAAUUUCUUUCACACUCUCUUGGGUAUCCACACGUCUACCCACCCACCCCAUCCAUCAGAUACUAUUAGCUCCGAUUGUGUAUGUCAAGCACUGCACUUACUAUUAUAUAUGCUGCUGGUUUAUGUGUUUGGAUUCUGUGGUUGUUUUUUUUUUUUUUAACAUUUCAUAGAAGGUUGCUGCCAGUAUUAGGGCAGUCUUUUACACUUUACAGUUCUCUAAGAAGCACCAGGAUGCACCUCAAGCACUCUCCCUCUAGACCCUACGUGCCCAUUAUUUUCUGCAGUGACCUAUUUUAAGAAAGAUUUUUCUGGCACCCUUUAAAUUAACCUCAUUAUGCACGCCUUAUUUACUUUUCUCCCAUCUCUCAUGUUUUUAGCCUUUCUGAACUCCUACACUGUGGAGUUACAAUGAUCUUCCACUGCGUGACUCAGUCGUCCGUGCUUGUUUAGAAGAAUCACAAUAUAUGAGUUUAUAAUAUGUAUAUUUUCCAUAAAUAUACUGAAUGCUUGCCAAGUUUCACAUGCCCCCUCCUUUUUUCUUUCCUUUUUAAAUUCAAAAAAUUUCUAGUUGUGUUUAUUCUCACCGUCAGCAUACUUUAUCAUAUCAAAGCCUUUUCAGGCACUGUAAAACUACUGAGUUGUGUUUGGGUCAUGUUUUGCGGUAUGCCCUUUAAUACUGUAGCUUUAGAAAUGCAAUUUUCAGCCUCUGCUUAUUAGAAUAUGAUAAAGUAUUCCCGGUCUAUGUCCAGCUCCACUAAUCUCCAGACUGCGCUUCAUGAAUUAAGCAUGAAGAUUUUAGUCAAUGUGCUUUCAAAGACCAAUGUUUAGGGAAUCAUGGAUUUUCUACAAGCUGAGGGGAAAAUCUAUAAUAGGAGGAACUGAUUUUCAAACAUCAUAUUCCCAAGAAGAAAUGUCCAGUUCUGGCCCAGAAACAGAAAAUGUUUUGCUAUCAGAAUAUUCUAGAACCAUUUAAGAGUGCAUUGUGCGGGUUAGUUUAUUAAAGAGAUGGUGUUUUUAAAUGUGUGAGGCCAUCUAUCAUGCAGGAGGAUUUCAGAUGCUGGCUUAUUUUGGAAAAGCUCAUUCAGAUUGGGUUAACAUCAAGGAGAGAAUGCAAAUUGAAUUUGUAAGAUAUUACUAACUUACCUCUCUUCCACUCCACCGCCCCCUGCAUGCCCUGGCUCCUCUUGCUUUAUAUAGUUUAGCAAAUAGCCAGAGAUCUCUUUAUAGGAUAAGAGAUCUCCCCUAGGGGAGAGACUUAGAGCUUGUGCAUAGGCCUCAGUGAAGCCACAUUGAAGGUAGAUUGCAUCAGGUGUGUUUUGUGGUAGCCAACAGGCAAGCAUUUGAGAAGGACAUCAUCUUUCAGCGUCAUCAACUUAAACAAAAUGGAGGCAUCUUUCCAGGAGGAUGUAGAAGCAAUUAAGAUCUAGAGGGCUGUGGAAUAUCUGAGACAAGCUCUCAGGCACUCAUAUUCCUGUCAGCCUUGGAGUCCUGGUGCUGUUUGGCGAGACUGCACUUGGUGCUCUCAUACUUACUUUCAUGAUCGUUGAUAUCUUGUGUGUGUGUGUGUGUGUGUGUGUGUGUGUGUGUGUGUGUAAGAAAGAGAGAAAGUGUGUUUAUUCAUGCAGAUGUAAUUAUAUAUAUGUAUGUGGAAUACAUACCUAUGGAAGCUAUACACAGGAUUGCCUUUGGUAUUCUACUUUUCCCUUCUAUUAUCGGCCUAGAGUUACCAAGGAGCGGGUCACUGAGCCCCAGGGAGCUGCCCAUCUCUGACUCCCUGAUGCUGGAACGAUAAGUAAGAAGCUAUGAAUGAUUUCUUCCAGGUCUAAGUUCUGGGGACCAAACUCAAGUCAGCCUUACCAACUUAGCUAUCCCCCCAGCCCUUAUUGGACCUUGCAUCGGACAUCUUUCUCACACAGUGCUUUACUAAGCCCUUGAUCUCAGCAGUUCAUCCCCAUCCUGGUUUGCUCUCAUGGCAGCUGAGGCUGGAGGGAUUCCAGCUCGUUGCUUGGACAAUUGGAAUUAGGCAGAGUUAGUAUCUUGCUACCAAGGCUCGUCGGAUCCCCAAGUCAGAACAACCAGUCCCUGCUUGGUGGUUCUCAGACACUGGUCUGUUUGGACGAUAUUAGAUCAUCUAGUAAUGCGGGCACAGUGUGCAACCGGGAAGCUGUGCUCAGCCAGGUUUCAAUGGUUGCUGAUGACAACUUAUCCUCUUUUCCAAUGCAGAGAUCAAGACAAAAAUGUAAAUCAUUUCCAAUUAGGGGGCUGCAGUUGAAACGUUCCCCCCUUUGAGGAAGACAGGAACAUUCUCAGCCUGUCUGGCUUUAUCUGUGAACCUACGGGAUCUCUCAGGGGCUUUAAAUUAAUCAAUCAAUCCAAAGACAUUGAACUGAAUCUCUACCUCUGGUCUGGUACUUUGAGAUGUGUUUUAAAUGAAAAGGAAGCAAAAGGGCUGGCUGCCUUGCUCCCCGCAUAGCCCAAGGCUGCCUGCCCUGGCUGGGGAAUCGCCAGUCAGUUCAAUCACGCAGCCGCUCUGACCGGUGUUUUUCACUAAACUGACCCCAGUUGUGUGUAGACACGGUCUCCAGAGAGGGACAUCACCUCCUUCCCAGCCUUCACCAUUUAAUCGUUCUUGACACGAGUUUUACCAGAAAUGCAGCAAAACCCAGCCCUGUCAAUCACCAUUUGCUCCCAAAUGUCAGAACAGCACCUCGAGACACAGGUGCGCAAGGGCAUGUCCCUAGAUAUCGGUGUUAGGAAGUGUCCAGCACAGACAGUGAGGAAGGGGAAACUGUGACUCCAUAGUAACAGGGGCAUGCUGAAACUUCUUAAGGGGGACCUCCGUCCACAGAUACUCUCCAAAUAAUGUCCAUUCCCAGGGAAAGACUGGCUGUGUGUGACAACUGCUGAACGGUGGCAACAUAGCAGUCACCUGGAGGUCACUAUGUAAGUGGGUCAAAGAAGCUGGAUAUUGGGUUCUCAGACAAGGGUCCCAGCUGCAGCUCCAGCCCUGUGUUGACGCAGUUGAUGUGUUAUAAGAGAAAUGGUGAGCAGAGGGCUCAUCUCAGUGCUGGGGCCGGUUCUUAGGAUCUCCAAGACCCUGGGUUGAAGAAGAGAGAGAGAGAGAUAGCUCAGGGAGACAGCCUGCCUCCUAGGCUCAGGAUUUGCAUGUGACAUCCUGCCCACUUUAAGUACCGGCUCCUUAUUCCUUCCUCUUUCUUGUUCCACAUUUAUCUGUUUGCUUCAUUUUUUUUGUGCGCCUGUACACAUGAAUGGAGGUCAGAGGACAGAGUUCAAGGAUGGUUCUCUCCUUAGUGAGGCGGGGUCUCUGUCUUGCCAGUCUCUGUUCCUGCUGGAGCCUCUCCUCUGUACCCCACAUCUCCCCUCAGGGGUAGUAGGAUUACAGACGUGUGCUACCACACCCAGAUUUCUACGUGACUUCCGGGGAUGGAACUCAGGCCGUCAAUUCUGAGUAACACACUCUUAUAUGCUAAACCAUCUCCCCAGCCCCUGACGCAUUUCCUCUCAGCCCUGCAUAGGCCAAAAAGUCUAUGCUCAGGGAAGGAAAGACAAGGGCAAGAGGGCAGCAGGUGACUCGCCCCGCCCUCCAGGAACCAACAUCUUCAUUCUGUUUAGUCAAGGUCUAAAGAGGGGGCAGAGAAUCCUCAUUAUCAAUGUCAGCUAGUCAGUGUCAACCCUAAGACUAGAAUCUUCCAGACUGGCAGGUGACUUCUGGUACUGGACAAAACUGCACUAAAACCAGAGCAGACAGUGAGAUGGGAGAGCAUGAGUGUCUAGACACAGAACGUGGAGACAAUGAACGCUGGGCCCCGGGGCCUCUGAUCAGCAACGGUGGGGAUGAGUUUUCAUCCUCUCUGCACAGUGAUGCGGAGUACACCUACACUGGUGUGCCAUGAAUCCCUCUCUGGUGUUGUAGGGAGGAGUCUGCCCUGUCCUGAAGCCAUCACAGUGUUGGCGUGGCGAUCAGCAGCCCUGAGCAGACCUAGGGAUAGAGUAGGACAUGCUCCUCGAAUCUCCACCGGAUGUGACGGUCAGCCUCGCUGUACAGGUGCCCAGGGCAUUCAGUUUCUGCUGAGAACAUAGGAAGGAGAUGUGAAGGCCCCCACUUUACAGAUCGGGACUUGGGGAAUUACUUUAGACAGCCACUGCCUCCUGCCACGGGCUGGGCGGGGCCUCUCCGAAUCCGCCCACCCUCCCUGUCUUCCUGACUCACUGAUCACCGGACACCCACCUCCUGGUUUUCAACAGAUAGGAACUGAACCUUCUUCUUCUCCUCUUGGGAAUUGGAGAAAGGCAAGUUUCAAGGAUAAAAUGUUAAGGGAGACUCCUCUUCCCUCCUUGACUGAAUGCAGAGGAAGAGAAACCGCCAGGGGGUUGAUGGGCCAUAUAAUUUCCAAGACAUUGUCCACACCCCUCUCCCACCUUUGUAAACAAACUUGUUUUCUUUUUAUAGGGGAAGGAAUAACUUUGUCUGUGGUGUGCAAAAUAUAUAUUUCCUAACGUUAAAUCAAGAAGCUGUUACUACCAAAUAAGAACCUGUGUGUGUGUGUGUGUGUGUGUGUGUGUGUGUGUGUGUGUGUGUGUGUGUUAAUUGUUGGGAUAUGUAGAGAGGAAUACUCAGAACCAGCAAUCAGCCUUGUCUUCAGGAGGAACAAAGGAUUAAGUUGGAGAGACUGCACUGGUAUUGUUAGCAGGCUACUGCAGUGAAGAGUAGAGAAGGUGAGAUUCCAACUGGGAAUAUUAGCCUAUGCAGAUCGCCACCCGGGGUAUUCAGCUCUGUUUAAAGUGCAGGGCUCCGUCUUGCCUUAUGAUCCAAUUGUUUUAUUAGCGAGAUCAUUGCAUGUUUCAUUUUGCUACAGUAAUAGCCCAAGUGUCUGUCUAACGAUAAAUUAUAGAGUCGGGCAAACAAUGGUUUUGUAUUCGGGAUAACAAUGAAAUAUCUUAUUAAAAUGCAGGCUUCCUUGAGUCCCUGAAAUUAGAGUCUUAUUUGAAAGUGAUUCCUCGGAGCUUAAUUCACUGGUUUGAACUAACCACAGGAUGAGAAUGAUUGUUUUUGUCAGGGCCCAGAGGUACUGGGGAUAGUACCUGUUUUUCCCUGGGAUUUCCCCCUUCCUAUUUUAACAUCCCAUUCUCUACUCCGGAGAUCUUCUGGGCUUGACAAUGAGAGGCACCUGAGGAGCUACACCCCUCAGCAUGCAAAAGGUAAAUUGAGAUCUCAGGCAGACAUGUACUUCCUGCCAGGGCCCUCUGGGCGCUCUCUCUCUCUCUCUCUCUCUCUCUCUCUCUCUCUCUCUCUUCGCCCCCCCCUCUCCUCUCUUUCCUCUCUCUCUCUCUCUCCCCCCUCCCUCCUGCCCUCUUCCCUCUCCCCCCUCUCUCUCUCCCUGCCGGGGGUGGGGGGGUGGGGGGUUGGGGGGUGGAGGAGUGAGGGAGUGAGGGAGUGAGGGAGUGAGGGAGUGAGGGAGUGGGGGGGUGGGAGGGUGGGUAUCCAAGGAAACAGGAAGCAGGGUCUCAUGCUCUGGUGCUGGGAACUGAACUCUGGUCCUCUACAGGAGUAACCAGUCUCUUUCCUCCUGGGCCGUCUCUCCAGCCCUGGGUCACGUGGUUUUGUAUUGUGGAUCCUCAGUAUCCUUUUCAUUGCUGAGAAGACAGAGGCUUAAAGAGGCCAUUCCCUGGGUCCCUGUAGCUUGGCAGAGUGUGAUUCGGAGACACCGUCUCCGAGGUCUGACCCCAGCGCACUUUUCACUCAUCGAUGCUGAAUCGCUUUCAUUAGUCUUCUCCCUGAUGAGAACCUUUCCGCGAUUUUUGGAUGCUGCUCGCCCGAUAUUUAACACUCUCAGCCACUCAGCCAUUUUUAGGUUGUGAAAGGGGAGAGUCAGAUGGCUGGGUCGGUCGGCCUGUUUUUUCCUCUCCUCUUGAGGCAAUCUCCUGGAGAACCAGGGCUGACCUCCCCUUGGUGUGCAGCUCUCCUCCUGGGUGCUGUGAUUAUGAGCUUGAGCCACCACACUUAGUUUAUGCUACAUUAAGCGUUGAACCUCGGGCUUCUUCCUGGAUGCUGGGCGAGCAUUCUUCCGUUCGAGCGAGCCUCUUCCAGCUCCUCAAUCCCUUUAUAUCAAUCCCAAUUCAUCACGUUCCACCUGACUUCAUGCUCUGUCACCCCCGGACAGGCUGUGCCUCGCUAUGGGGUGCAUUUUGGGGACAGAACUAUUAUUUUCAUCGCACAGACACGGUGGCAUCUGAAGCUCAGAGUUUUUGUGCCCCCCCACUGCACCCCCCAAGCUCAGAGUUUAAAUCUUAGAUCCAGUCCAGCUGGUGGUGACUUGGAGAUGAGGGCAGCUGCUCUGUGCCUGGUCAAAGGUUGUCGUUGUGCCCACCUUACCUGCAGACAUUGAGAGGACUGGAGAGCUUUACACAUUAAAAAGAGGGUCUAGACCUAGAGAAGAAGCUGAAAUUGAAGACGGCUCUGUUCUUUAGCUGCUUGGACCCUGUACAGUUUGGAUGAGGUCGAAGGAGUGACCCCCACCCCACCCCCUUUGCUUUCCACCGCCCCAAGUGCCUGUUGGCUGCUUCAAACACUGGAACCAAGCACGGUGAGGCCUGUGUUGAAUUCCAUCUCUCAGGAGGCUGAGAACUAUACAUUUGGGGCCAGCCUAGGCUACAUAGUAUGGCCCCGUCUAAAGAAUACAAACAAACAGAAAUCUCAUGAGACUCAGUUAAUGGGUAAAGGCUCAUGCCACACAAUCCUGAUGACCCGAGUUCAAUUCCUGGGACCCAGGUGAAAGUAGAAAGAGGGAACCGACUGGAUAAAGUUGUUCUCUAACCUCCAUAGGCACCACACACACAAUGUUGUUGUUGUUGUUGUUGUUGAUGAUGAUGAUGAUGAUGAUGAUGAUGAUGAUGAUGAUGAUGAUGCAAAAACUACAAAGCCAGGUAUUUCUUCGCCUGGCUGGACCCAGAAGUAUUUCACGCGUGUGUGCCAAGGGGAUCCUUUCAGGCACCUCCUUUAUUUUCUCCACCGUAUUUCUGCCUUCACAUCCUCAGUACCACCCUCCUUCAGACUAUUUCUGUUCACACUUCCACCUUGUGGGAACGAGACUCUUUGCUCAGCAAGCAUCCCUGAGCCUAUAUAAGCUAAGCUCCUCCUGAGAAGUGGUCCUGAGGAAAGGAGAAAGAAGAGACCUGCCAUCUCUCAAGCACCAAGUCACUCUUGGUGACAAAAUUGCCCUAACCUGAUUUAUGUAAUAUAAACUAGCCAACGUUUCAUAAGCGGUGUGAUCUAUGUAAAGUAAUUAUUUAGUGUUACGUAUCUUUCCUUCUUCAGCACUAUAUAGUGGACAUUAGCUUCUUCUGGGCCUCCCUACUGUCCCAGUCCUCUGCCUCCUUCCCUGUCCCUCCUCUCAUCUCUCUUCCUCCCUCCUUUCCUGUUCUGUCUAUGUUUUCUUUUUCUCUUGAAACCUUCCGGAUUUUGUUUUCUUUGUAAAACCUUUAAGAGGCAAAAGGGAAAAGUUGUUGUGUCCCCAAGAGCCGUGAGUGCUUUCUCUUCUUUCUCUUCUUUCACCUGGAACCCUGCAAGUUGAUGGCUUCCUGUCACCUGGCCUAGCCUCAGUACUGGAAUCUUCAUCGGUCUCUGGUUAUCUACAAAUGUUUGCCCGGCCAAUCUGGCCUCCCGAGGCCCAUCGUCUCAGCCCGUGCCCCUGUACCUAAUCUAUACUUGUGACUCGAAUUCUAGGCCACCGUACUUCGCCAUCAAAACAAAAUCUAACACAACACAAGAGAAGGACCACCUCCAGGGAGCCUCCCGUUCCAGACUCCCAUUUUCAGGGAAGGGGAAGCAAGCUUACUCCCGAGUACACCAGUCUCCUCUUAACACUGUGAGGAACAGAACAAAGAGUCAAAACUAUGUCCCCUGCUUUAAAUGUGUGCACUGUCAUCCUUUAUAAGGCAAACCUAUUGUCAGGUUGUUUUUUUAACUGUUCUACUGCAUUUGAUUAUCUAUUGUCUGUGUGCGUACAAGUACACUUAAGCAUACACACACACACACACACACACACACACACUCACGCACACACACACACAAGUGUUACAACACGGUGCAUGUGUGGAGAUGAGAUGAGAAGGUGGGAAAGUCUGCUCUCUCCUCCCACCAUGCAGGUUCUGGAACUGAACUCCUUUUUCCAGCUUGGUGACAAGUAUCUAAACCCAUUGAGCCACCUUGGCAGCCCUAUAAACAAUUCUUACAAAACAUUUUUAAGAAAUGAGAGCCCAGUCCAGAAUCCUAGUGCUAGCCCCUUGCACCAGCAGGUGGGGACCCCCUUCUUUCCAGCAUCCCAGAGGCAAAUGCUAUCUUGGCUUAUCCAGGCCUAGGUACUCAGGGGCCAUGUGCGAGCCCCCAUCCUGAUGGAGCAUGUAUUGCUUGAUCAUCAUUUUGUUCUGUUUUCCGUGUGCAAGAGUGGGUGUGCAUGGGAAAGAAGUGGAAGUACUCACUUCUCCUGGUGGACUCAGCACUGUGGCCCUGAGUGGGCAGCUCUUCUGGCUGGGCAGAACACCUCAGUCUCUUACCCUCAGGUACCUUCUUGUAAGGAGAUACAUUUUUCUCAGAGGAAUGGCCUGGCAGAUUAAGGACAUUGUUCCCUGGUACACUGGUAUACUUAGAGUCUGUGGCUAUCGAAGUAACCGUCCACAACCAGUCACUGGUAUUUCUUGAAGGGAGUCAAAAUUGGCACCCAAGCUAUAAUGAGCACUUAAAUAUCUUAAGUAUCAGCAAACACAAAAUUCGUGUCGAUUCUGUCCGGCUUGUAGGAUAGUCUCCUGUUUUUCCCUUCAGCAGUCUUUUAGAACAGUUGGGAGCAUUUGAGCCUUUAUAUAGUCUUUACAUCAUUUCUCUCUGGGUUCGUAUGAAGGACCCCCUUUGCCAUACAUAUGAUCUCUUCUUCCUGCCUUUCGGGAUGUUUGAAUGUGGCACGCCAUGUCUUUUACAAACUGAUUAUUGAGGAAGAAGGAAAGAGAAGGACAGAGAAAAAAGGAAAAAGAGAAACUGCAUCCUGUUAUACUCUUCCCUGAUUCAGGAAAUGUCUUACCCCCUUCAUAGGAGCCCCUCCACACCACCCCACCCCACCCCUGAACAAAGCUGAGUCCUCUUGACCUCGAAGCUUUAAGAAGCUAAAAGUGCACUAGACAAGGUGGAAAACAAAAAGCUCGAAAUUAGGGGCACCCAGUUGAAUCCAUGAAUGGAUCCAGACAAACACAGAGCCGGCCUGUUAGGCACAGUGAAAGAACAUUUCCCCAGAACCCCAGGAUUCUUUUUCUUUCUUUUCUUUUCUUUUCUUUUCUUUUUUUCCUUUUUUUUUUUUUUUAAAGUAGGGGCCGCCAUUGUCAUUCAGAAAACCCCAGGCUGUUCUGAAAACAGGCAAAAAUCAAUAGCCCACUGGCUGAAGACCAGCGCGUGCUGAAAACAAGAGAGAACCUGAGCAUUCCAGGGCUUGGCUCUCUGGGUCGAGGAAACAAUUGGAGAAAUUGUCCUUAACUCGUCCACAGUGGCAACCCCGGCAGAUUAACUGUGUCCAGCGGUCAUUCGGUGCGGGAUGAAUGGGCGGAAUGGACUGUGUUUGUUUUUGUCUGUCUGCCUGGGGCCCGGUGAACUGAAUAGAGUUCUCCCUCAAAACAGUCAGUAUCCUUGUGAAAGCGCUGCGGAGAGACGGUGAGAAUGGGGACCAGGCAGAAUAAUAAACGGUUUCGAUUAUUAAGUGGUCAAGACAGAAAGUAACACAACAGGAAAUAAAUACAGCAACCAAGGACACAUUUAAUACCGUAUUCCAAAAUCACAUAUAGUAAUGUGGUAGCUCAUACCUGAAAUCUAGUACUCUGGAGUUAGAGGUCAGCCUGAGCACUAUAGCGACACCCUCUCACACAUGUAUGUACAAAAAUUAUAUUAUUUUUAUUAAAAAUUGUUAUAUUCUGUAAAAUAUACUAAACAGUAUAAAAACAGUGUAAGAUGUUUUUUUAAAAAGUAGGUUCUCACCCUGUAGUGAUGGCUGUCCUAGAAUCUCUCGGCUACCCAGGCUGCCCUUGAACUCAUAGAGAGCAUCCUGCCUCUGCCUUCCGAGUGUUGAGAUUAAAGGUGAGCCCCACCCUGCCUGGUUUAUGCCUGGUUUAUGCAAUGCAACUAUAAAAGCAGUGAUGCUCAUGAACCACCAAGAUGGUUUUGUGGGUAAAGAUGCUGUCAUGCCUGCUGAGUGGUUUGUCCCUGGGACCCACUUGAUGGCAGGGGUGGAGAAAUGACCCCCCCAAACUGACUUCCACAUACAUGCGGUGACAUGUGUGCACCCUACCCCCACAUAUCUACAGAUAAACAUAAUUAAAAAAUCUAAAGAAUGGUGAUCUCAUUGGAUAUUGAUACAAAAAAAUUCUCGACUUUUCUCCCCUCUCUCUUUGCCUGUGAGUGGAGAAAAGUGGAGGUUUGCAAAGAGAAACUUGCCUUUGCAGGUUUCCGUGGCUUUUGAAAGGUACGGAUGUUUUAGUUGGUGAUGAGGUCUAUACGCUGGCAAGACCUAGCACCCGAAGCAGCCAAAAGGGUCUCAGUGUGAACUCUCGUCUUGAACUGAGUGAAACUUUCAAGGAGAUGGCUCCGAGGCACCACAGAGAUUUAUUAGUGGGAAUUAGGAGAAUGGGUGAGUAUGUCAGGGUCAAGGGCAGAGCUUGCCCACCUAGAGUUUCCCUUGUGGAUCAGUCAUCUCCUUUACCCAGUGCCCCUUAAUACCAUGGGAUACGGAGGGCUUGCCCAUCAAAUAGGUCAACCACAUAUUCAACUAAAGACACAGGACUCCUUGGGGUCCUGUGUGCAUGGGAAGCCUGUAGAAAUAUCACUCUCUGGGACUACGGAGAUUGCUCUCCAAUCUGAGGACCCAAGUUCAAUUCCUCAGGACCCGCAGACAGAGCUAUGAACGGUUGGAACACUCUGAGAAUCUGAUUGCAAUCCCACAGUGGAGGGACGCAGAGACUGGUAGAUCCGUGGGGCUCACUAGCCAGCCAGCAUAAGGUUGGUGAGUUCUGGCCAGUUAAAGGCUGUGUCUCAAUAAGCAAGACAGAUGGUGCCCAGGGAAUAAUACUACAGUUGACCUUUGGCCCCUGUAUGCACACAGUGGCUCUGACUUAUAAAAAAAAUUAUGAAGUCAACCCCCACGUAGAUAACUGCAACACGGAGUGUUGUCCCAAGUACAAAGGGAAGUCUCUCAGAGCUUCCUGUUUGGUGAGGGUAUUAGAGUUGCCUUAGAGCAUCUCACACAAUGAAAUAUGGUUCCCAGGAGGCCCAAGAAGACCCAGCAUGCGCCUGUAGCCCUGCCACAGGCCCUAGCAGACCCAAGCUGACUCCAUACCAUGAUGCUGACAUGGCUGUGACAUUGGAUUCUAAAGGGUUGCAGCUGUGUACUGUAGAAUGACAGGGUCUAUCCUGUUUCCUUUUCUUUCAAAACCUUCUCUUGUAUAAAUCCAGUUUACAACACUACUAGAAUCCCCCCAAAAGCCAUAGCUAAAUGAUUCUGUACCUUUAGCCCACGUUCUUGCCCUGGGCAAGUCAGCUAGAGUCCAGGUCACCUCUACAAAAGCUAGGCUGUCAUUUCACCUGUCCUCCAGAGGCCCGAGAGCUUCUUCUGUGCAGAAACACACAGAAAGAGUUAAAUUCUUGGGUCAGACCCGAGCAGACCCAUAAUGUGGAAGGGUCAAAGGCAGGUCAGAGCCCUUCUGUCUUCCUGUCAGUUGCUUUCAAAAGGAACAGCCUUCACUGAAGUGCAGGGACCUCUCCUACUUCCAGUUCCUCCUUUAGAUGGCUCUGGACCCAGGAAGACCAAAGCCAGGUCGCCUGCCCUCCAGGGCCAUCUGGCCCGGGACGGCUUUCCUCCUCUUCAUCUUUAACCUUUUUAGAAGUCACAAAGUAGUAAAUGGUCUUCAUUUCAGGAUCUGGGCGCAUGAAUAGUCUGACCGCUGUAACUUUCCGUGCGCUCUAUCUACCUGCUAUAUUACCAGCAAUAAAAUCUUUCCUUUUUUUUCUUCUUUAACGACUUGGUAAAAGAGAAUCUUUGGCAUCCUCACAUCUGGGCCUUUCCCCCCUAAUUUUUCUGUACUGGGUGGGAAAAAAUGAAUCAGUUGUUACAUGGUAUACCCCACCCCCGUCCUGCAGACUUAUUGUACAGCAGCCGUUACGGAAGGUCUGUUUUCAGAAGCCCCACCUUCCCCCCAACCCAAGAAUUUUAUUUAGUGAAGACGGCCAAGUUUGCAUGCCUAUCAGCACCCAGGCUCUCUGCCAAUAUUUCACUCCUUGCACUUUGGAAGUAAAACGUCCGAGCCGGUUUUGGGUUUUUUUGUUUUUGUUUUUUUUUUUCUGUCUUGUUCUGUUGUUGAAUUUGUCUUUGAUAAUGUCAUUUUUUUAAGGGGAAGCUGGUGUUGGCACCUGCCCCCCCCCCCUUCUUCAGAGAAAAGAAACAGGCACAACCCAGAAUUUCCAUCGGAAGAGCUGAAGAACACUUGAUUUAAAGGAAUAUUUCUAUGUUCUAGGCAAAGUUCUGACAUGGUAUUUUUUAAUUUGUUCGGUUUGGGUUCUUUUUGUAGGUACCUGUAUUCUUUCGGACUACAUGUCCUCCCGUCUGCCAGGCUGCCUCUCCCAACUCUCCCAACUCUCCCAACUCUCCCAACUCUCUUGUCACACUCGUUCUUUUUUUUUUUUUUUUUCUGGAGCUGGGGACCGAACCCAGGGCCUUGUGCUUCCUAGGUAAGCGCUCUACCGCUGAGCUAAAUCCCCAGCCCGGUCACACUCGUUCUUAAAGCUUACCAGCCUGUAUUUGGGUACUAGUUUGGGUUUUGCCUGGCUUUGUAAGUCUAAACCAGCAAAGCAUUCAGUCUAGUCAAGAAAAUAAAGGAGGUGGGUGGGCUGGGAGCAGUCCAAGAUGUAUAUUGGGGACGGACGUCAGUAUUAGCCUCAUCCUGAUAAUGUCUGUUCCUUCUUCCUGCUGAUUCCUGCCCUCCCGGCAUCCCAACCCUUUCCUGCUUCUGCGAGUCCGUUUCUGACAGAUGCUUUGCUCAUAUGUGUGUGCGUACACGGGGGUGGCAUAGAACCUAAGUGAUCUGUACCCCCACCUCCACCCCCACCCCCACCCCCGGUUCCAGUGACGCAAACGACCUUUAUUUAGCAAGAGGUAGCUCUGCGAAUCCGCUGAAUGUCCGAUUGCGAUCUCGCCGGAAAGACUGCUGCUUCAGCAAGGUUUCUUUGCUGGUCUGUGGCAAGGUCCCCCGCUUCAUUUUCAAGGUGUCCCCGCUUGGUGCCUUUGAAGGGUUUUUAAUGGAUUCGCUUGAUAUACCUUCCAAAUGGAGUACUUUGUGCGUUAAUUCAGUUUGUGAUAAAGAUCCCUUUUACCCUCCUUUUCAUAAUUCUUCCCAGAGAUAUGAAGUACACUAGAAGGUUAGAUGUAGCAUUUAAUUUUUCCACAAAAACCUAUCCAUAGAGGGUGGGGGGAGAUUCAAUUUCAUUACUAUUCAUGUGUAGGAAUAUUGAAGGUGGUAUACUAAAGGAGGUAACUAUUUCUUCUUCUAUCAAAGGGAGAACAAAUCUGUCUUUGAACAAGUCGCUCAGUUCUUAUUUAAAAGAUAAAAGGUCACCUACAAUAUCAUCGCUUUAAAGUGGCAGUGUUCAGGUAGGAAGGGAGCUGUCUUACCUGGACGUAUUAAUUUCACAUUCUGCUUGAAAAAAAAAAAAGUUCUGUGCACUUACUGACUGAGUUCUGACACCCUACACCUGUUUCCCGUAUCCUAAAAGGAGCCCCAGCCCCACCGCCCCCCACCACAAACCCCACAAAUACUGAUAUGAGCACCUGGUUUUUAGAUUCAGUAUGAGAAUUAAAACCAGAAAUGUAACUUGGCUCUCUCCUUAAUCAGGCCACACCAGAACUAGUGAUAUAAAUCUGAUAUCACAAGUGCAGAUGUGAAACAAGCCUCCUCUGUGAGGUCCUCGUCAUUGUCAGUGUCAUCCAUUUCUAUUUCCAAGUAUAGUAACAAGUCGAACAGUAGUAACGAUAGGCAGGGCACGGUGUCUCGUCACACACAGGACUCUGAGAACGGCGAGCCACCUCAUUCCACACUCAUGUUUCCCAACAUGUUUGAUUGCUUUUUGUUUUUGUUUCUUUUUAAUAUGCAGGAGCCAGGCAAAGUUGUGUUGUGAAGAUCAAUUUCAAUUUGAUGUUAUUUAAUUGAGUUUGGCGAUUAAAUAUGUAUCCCUCCCACGCCCUUGUGUGUCUGUGGUCACGAAAGCACACUAAAUAGCAAGUUGCUCAUCAUCUAAUUAGAGAUUUGUUCAUUGAAAACACAACCCUUGGUGGGUUUGCUCUUGGGCAGGGAGUGAAUUGUGAUCUGCUACAGGACCUUUGGCGAAAGAAAGACAUCUGCUCCUUGUAUAUCUACCCAAACACUGGUGACGGUAACCUGGCUCUUUAUUUUAGGGCCUCUGUCAACACAAUUAGAUAAUAUUAAUAAUAGUAAUAAUAAUAAUAAUUAUUAUUAUUAUAAAGAAAAAUAGAAGAGGUUGGUGACGGGAUGGUGAAGGACACUCUUUAUUUGAAAGGAAUAAAUUGUCUACCAUAACAGAAUUUCUCAGUGUUUCUGUUAUAUUAAAUAAGUCUGGGUAUGUGGUAUAUGAAUUCCCAGAGACCAGCCUGCCUUCCCACCCUACCCCCCAGCCCCCAUGCCCCCUACAAAUACUUAUAAUGUUUCUACUGACAGCCCAGGACUAAGCUUGACCAGGAGGCUUAUUUUCAAUUUUGGAGGAUUAUUUUGGCAAACGUGGUUAGCAAGGCAGGCUAGAGCACACCUUUGCUCCCAGCACUCAGGAGGCAGAGAGGCAAUCUUUAUGAGUUCAAGGCCAGCCUGGGCUCCAUAGAGAAUUUCAGGUUACACAGGACUACAUAGUGAGACUCCCAUCUUACCCAGAUAGAUAGAUAGAUAGAUAGAUAGAUAGAUAGAUAGAUACAUACAUACAUACAUACAUACAUACAUACAUACAUACAUACAUACAUACAUAGAUGAUAGCUCAAUUGGUAGAUAGAUAAUGGAUAGAUAGAUAAUAGAUGAUAGAUCAAUUGGUAGGUAGGUAGAGAGAUGGAUAGAUAGAUAGAUAGAUAGAUAGAUAGAUAGAUAGAUAGAUAGAUACAUACAUACAUACAUACAUACAUACAUACAUGCAUACAUACAUAGAUAGGUAGAUAGAUAGAUAACAAAAAGUGAUUAGCAAAGCUGGCUAAUACAGUAUGUGAAUCUCUGUUCCUCAGCUUUGGCAUGCUUCAUAUUCAGGACAAAUGGUCUCGGGUCUCAGUGUGCUUCCGACAGCCUACAUUUCCUUCCCAUUUAGGAUGCCUGUUGUGUGAAAGCUCCUCUUCCUAUAUGAUCUUCAUUCUAGUACGUGAAAGGGACAGUACACAUCCUUGAUGAUUAAUCUUGUUUGUCAACCAGAUCCAGUCAGCAAAUGCCUAGAUACAACCAGGGAGGAGCUGCCCGAGAGGUCUGAGUACAGGAGGAGACCGCCCUUGGAUGUGAGUGGCACAGUCCCUUAAGCCCAGACAGAAUAACCAGAGCGGGAGUGGAAUGCUUAGAGAGGCAGCCUUCCCUCUUUCUCUGCUUCUUGACUGCCAGCCUGGGAGCAGCCCUUCCCUACCUGCCCAGGACAGACUGAAACCCCCAAAACUGGGAGCCAAAGCAGGUGCCCCUCCCAGUAAGUUGUUUGGUAUCUGGGUCCCAGCCAUGGCUCUAACUCACAUCCUGUCUUUUCCACCUGGAGCUGCUGUUUGGGAAGAGAACAAGGGUUAGACCACAAAGGUAAAGUUUGGGUUUGAGACAGAGUAUGGAUUUGCUUCUCCAUCUCUCUAUUGACUGAAGCAAAUGGCAUCCGGAGAGGAGGAGUUGGUGGGAAGCAACUUCUGAGAGAAGAGAUAUAGAAUGGCUUGGAGAUGGCAUCUGAGAGUUUCAAGGACAAAGGUUUACUGAAGACAGGCUUCUCAAAGCCAAUCAGGUACCACAUGUACCUACCCUACAGUAGUUUGAAUGUCAAAUGUGCCCCCAUCGGCUCACAAGUCUGAACACUCAAUUCCUCGGUAGUGCUGCCAUUUGAGAAAGUUAUGGUUGGGCUAGAAAAUGAAGCCUCCCUGGAAGAGUCAUUCAUUUGGGCAGGUCUUCAGCUUUUAUAGCCCAACCCAACCUCCUCUUCUCUCUCUGUUUCUGGGAGUAGAUUCCAAGUGGCCAGGUAGCCUCCUGCUCCCGCCACCUUGCCCUCCCUGCACACUGUCAUUUCCUCCCCACCAUGAUGGACUGUGUCCCUCUAGGACUGUGAGCCAACAUAAACCCUUUUUCCUCAAUGUUGCUUUCAUCCGGGUCCCUUAUCACAGCAGCAUGAAAGUGACUUAAGACACAUCUCCUCCUCGUCUCAUCUAGAAGCUGGAGGUGAGGAAGCAUUGGCCUGGCAGGUGGUCCAUGCUCCUAAUCCCCAUACUGGGGAAACAGAGUAAGGAAGAUCAUGAGUUUGAGGCUAGCCUGGGGUAAUACAGCCAGUUCUUGGAAAGUUUGAGCUACCUAUCGAUAUUCUUCUCUCUGAAACAAUAAAUAAGUAGCAGCAGUAAAGGAGAAGGCAGCAUUAGCUCCCUCUUCACAGGGAUAGCAUUGCUUGUAGCAAUGGCGUCUUUGGAAGCACUGUGUCCCGAUACUAGUCCCAGCAAAGAGGAGCAAACAGUUAGGAUUAAAGGGCAAGUGCAAGGGUCCAAGGAUAACAAGAGUGCGAAGGAUAACAAAACUAUCUGGAGUCUGGUUCCAAAGGAGGUAAAAAUUGGAGACUUUGACAGGGUUGGAAGGACUGUCCUCCAAGGGAGAGCCUAGCUCUGUGGUGGGCUACAGCACGGUGGGGGCCUCAGAGUCAGAGUUGAAACUCAGUCUUAACACCUGCUCUUUCAGAACAGCCUGUUACUGUCCUGAGCCAUACAAUCGAGACUCCGAUGUUCACCUCACAGGAUUUGUGGGGAUUAGAAUCACUAUCUCAAAGUAGUCAGCAUGGCUCCUAAGAUAGAAGCUAGUUAUGGGUCAGUGAAAUGACUCAGUAGGUAAAUGCACAUGCCUUCAGGCCCCAUGACCUGAAAUUAGUCCCCAGGACCAACUCUGGCAAAAUUCUGUAGGACCUUCACUUGUGCACCCUCAAAUGGUCGACCUACCCUCUUCCCCACCUCAAAAUCCUGGUGGGAUUUUGCUGGUGCUUUGACCAAUUUCAGCUCUUCAUCACCAGUCAAAGCAACUGAACUCCACAGAAAGUAGAACCCGGUCUUAGUUUGUUCCAGGAUAGUCCUGCAUGUCAGCAAAGCUUAGGCAACCCAGCCAAGCACUGGCAGAGGAACCCUCAAUGGACACACGUUUCAGACACGCAUUCCAGAGUCCCACUUCCAUGUCCCAGCCCCUCUUGGGGCCAGGCAUGUUUACAAUACAGAAAACUUUAAAUUUUAGGACAGCAACAUAAUUCAUAAUCUUGUGUACGACCAGAGUAUGGCUCUUGAGUCAAUUCCGGACCGAAUACUGUCCCUCUAAAUAAAGUUUUAUUAGUAGAUAAUGGUAUAACUGUGUCCCUUUGCUUGCAACUUGCUCAUGGCUGCUGUUGGAUAACCUAGUAGAGUCUAGUGGUCAGGACGGCAACCACUGAGCCAUAAAGCUUUCAUUAUUUCCUAUGUAGCUCUUUGCUGAGCUUGUGUAAUUUCACACCCCUAGAGACAGCAUCUUGUAAAUUAAGUAUUGAAUGUAGAAUAUCUCUGUGUCAAAAUGAAUACCACCCUAGACAGUGUUUGGUACCAAAUGGUUUAUUCAAAGAACUUCCUAUAGAGAAAGUUUCUUGUGGUUCAUAAAGUCCCCUUUGGCUUUGGGAUGGUGGAAAGAUAGAUGCAUAAAGCAGUGGGAAUUGAGAAGAUUGGGUUAUUUCAUUUCUGUUUGGUUGUUUACCUUGUGAGAUACAGAACAAUUGAGGUUUCGCAGGUUCAGUGGAAAGGAAGCUGAGACCAAUUACCCUUAAGAAUGGGUCUCAUUAGAAGAGCAAGUCUCCUAGUCAAACGAAGCCAUGAUGAAUCCUUGGAGCAGAAGUGUUGGAAGGGAUAAUCUGACAUGAAAGAAUAGAAAUUUCAGUCUACACACCAAUAUUAUGGGGUGACCUGAAGGAGCGGGAGAGAGCAAGCCUUUAGAGAAGUCCCCUUUGUAGGGGAGAGUGGUUUAACAUGUCAUAACCCACAUGCAAUAGAAUAUACAUGGAGCCAAGUACUAGGCAGGACCUUAAACUUAGCUUUUAUUGCAAGCGGGACAAGCUAGCCUUGCUUUUCUUUCCAAUGGAGACCAUAGCUGUACACUCUAACCUUCCCAGCAGGGCUCUUAAUUCUUUUCAAGGCAUAGACUGCCGAGGUGGGUGGGCUGAUAUCUCAGACAAAGAGGGACAAGUUGAGGGUCUGUGAUCUAAUCGUCUAAUACGUCAGUGUUAGUAAAACCAGGCUCUUCGCACACCUUUGCUUUGAUCUGCAAUUGUUGUAUUUGGCUCGACUCCCUGAGGCAUCUCCUGUGCUCUGCCUGAAGUAGAGGUGACAGGGUCACCUGGACUACACAGGCUAGCUAAUUAAUAUCAUGUGUCUUACUGAGGUCUUCUCUGUCAUUGCUCAAACUAGCACUGGAGAAUGAGCUCAGUACAUAUUGAUUUCAAUCUCCGAGUUUCAAGGUAGCUUGGUAUGUGUGUGGGGGGUUGGGGGGUGGUGACAAAGGUGCAUGGCAGAGGAAAAUUGCCUAUUUUAGCCCAACUGCAGGGAUCCCAGCCUCCUGGAUACCAAGACCUGUGAGACAGUGGCUGAAAUGCUUCAGCAGUCUCUUCCCUGAAGCACCUCACACAUCUAAGCGGAAGCUUUCCCACCGACUUACGUCUUCAUUCUGACAUAGUUGUCGGUUAGAUUCAUGUUUAGAUUUUUCCUUCCUGUGGCUCCUUGAGAUGCUCAAUUUAAUCAGUCGAGACAUAUUUAAUACUCUCUCCGUCAGGGCUGAGUGUUCCAUAGAUCCCUGCCUCAGUCUCACCCAAGGAAUAUAAGGCUAAUGGCUAGUAAUUCAGAAAGAGAGAGCAUGUUCUCUGUCUGGGGACUCUGGUGUCAAUGUGUUAGAUCAUUUGCAGCAGUUUUAAAUUUUAAAGUGAGACACGCAUAUUCCUACAGUUUCGGAUGAUCACUAGCUAAGCAAUAGCUUUCCUGGAGCACCAUAUGACUCCUCAAUGUUUCACGGAAUAUAGCCACUCAUAAAGGCAUCAAUAGGAACUCCCAGGCUACAUACACUCUAUAUCCCACGUCCCUGUACCUAGUGUACAGUUGGCACAAAAGUAGUCAUUGAACAAAAUGGAGAAAUUGCCAUAUAAGGAAACCAAGAAGAUAAUCUUCAAGAACAUUACCUUAGAGGGCAGCAGACAUGGCUCAGCAGUACUGCUCUUACAAAGGACCUGAGCUACUGAGGAUAUGAAUCCAGUCCCUACCAAUGUCUGGUGGCUCACGACCACAAGAAACCUCCCCUCCUGAGGACCUGAUUCCCCUGGCCUCCAAGGGCACCUGCACUCAUGGGCACGAAGAAACACCCAGACAUGCCAAUAAUGAGAAAUAAGACAAAUUCUUAAAGGAUGAAAAGAACCUUACAUUAGCCUCUUCCCAUCUCUCCCUAGAAUUUUUUUACCUUGUCUCUUGUAUGAGGAAGGCAUUGGUGACAGUCAUCCUGUGCCUUCUCCUGGUAUUUGUGUAUGCAUAUACUCAUGUGUGUGCAUGUGAUGCACAUACACACAUAUAUACACAUGCAUGCAUAUAUAUACAUAUACACAUGUAUGCAUGGACAUAUACACACAUACAUGCAUAUAUACACAUGUAUGCAUGGACAUAUACACAUAUACACACAUGCAUGAUGUGCAUACAUACAUGCAUAUAUGCACAUACACACAUAUGCACAUGCAUAUGUGCACACACAUACAUGCAUAUACACACAUGCAUACACACAUGCAUGCAUAUACAGAUAUCCACACAUGCGUGCAUGGAUACAUACACACAUGUAUAUGUGUAGGCAUGAACAUACACACACAUGAAUGCAUGCACACACACACACAUGUACACACACUUACCAUUUAUUUUGCAAGUAGUGUAACAAUGCCUUUGACCGAUGACUUAAAAUGAACACAAAGCUGUACCUCACAGACCUAGAAGCUGAAAAGUCUAAACCAUCCUUUCAGUCUGCCUGCUUCUGGUCUGUAGAGGCUCAUUCAUGCCAUUUCCUCUCAUAGCAGGGGUUGGGUGGGGAGAAUCCUCUCAGAGUCCUGUGUGAAGGAACCCUUCCCCAUUCACAAAGGCUCCAACCUCAUGAACUAAUCACCUUCCAAAGUCCUUCAUCGUAAUACCGUCAUCUGUGCAGAGUGAAGGUUUUAGUAUAGCACCCAGGGGUGAAGGAGAACCAGACCUCAGUGAGAUUAGUGGAUGCGAUUAAGACGAGCUGGAACUGGAGGGGAUGACAGGACCUUGAUUAACUUUUCUAACGUGUACCCAGCCAGAGGAGUACCACUGUACUGUUCUCCAAGUAGACUGCUCAGUCCCGUUUAAAGUGGGGGUCACAGGGUUGGGAGUAGAACUCAGCAGGUAGAGGAUUAGCCUAGCACCCAACCCUUUGUCCUGUCCUCACCACUAUAGGAAGCCAGAUGGGGUAGCCCAUGCCUUGAGCCUAUAAACACAGCCUUAGAAGGUGGAGGCAGAAGGGUAAUAUAUCUAAGGUCAUCUUCAACUAUAUUGAAUUAUAUUCAGAGUAGAGGUCAACCCAGGAUACAUGAGACCCUGUCUCAAAACAAAAACAACAACAACAACAACAAAACAAACAAAGAAAAAAGGAAAUAAAAGAAAAAGAAAAUGUGGUCAGUUGUGUUGAUUGGUGAUUUUUACACAUUAAGUCCUGGAACUCAUUCACCCUGACCAAGGCAGUGACUCUAGGUGGAGUCCAUGAGCAGCCAGGGGAGACUGGGCCUGUGGCCCUCUCUACUGUCGAGUCUGCCUAUUCUGACAGCGCUGGAGAAAAAUCCCCAUGCCCAAAAUGUGAAUCUUCCUGUCAUUGUUAGUUCUCCGUAGGUCCCAGCUCAUCCUGCCCAGUCCCAGGAUGUGUGUGUGUGUGUGUGUGUGUGUGUGUGUGUGUGUGUGUGUCCCCUUUCCUUUGGACCACUAUGGACUUCUUAUCCACCAGUGCCAACAUGCCAACCUCACAAUGCCUCCUGUAUCCCAGGAUCUCAGUUCAUGACUGUUUGGAUGGUAGAAUGGCGCUGUCUUGUUGUAUUUUGACAUUCCUGUCAAUGAGAACAUCAAUCUCUUUUAGUCUGGCACCUUUUCAUGUGCACAGGACUCAUUUGUACAGCAAGCUGUCAUAAUAAGUAAAGACUAUGACUCUCCGAAUGUUCAGAGUCGGGGGGUUCCGAAUGCCUAAUCUGAGGACAAAGGGCCACACUAGGCUAAAGUCCCCGUGUCUCUUGCCCUAAGGCUCUUGCUCUGGGAGACCAUCCAUCUGCUAUGGAAAGUGACCUGGCUGUUCUCCCUCAGGGUUUGUAUUGGUCCACUCAGGCUCCCGUAACAAGCUACAAAACAGGAAUGUGUAUGUUUUCUUCCAGCGUGGAGAUCAAGGUAUUAUUUUUCCCUGAGACCUCUCCCCAUGGCUUGCUGAUGUCCAUCUUCUGGUAUCUUCACAAAGUGGUCCUUCUGUGUGUGUGUGUGUGUGUGUGUGUGUGUGUGUGUGUGUGUGUGUGUGCGCGCGCGCGCGCGAUGCAAUCUCCCUGUUUUAGAAGGACAGUGGUCAGACGAGAUUUGGGUUCACCCCAGUGACCUCGUUUUAUUUGAACCAUCUCUUUCAAGGCCCUGUGCCCAAAUACAAUAGCAUUAGGUGGCACGGGGACAUUGAGAUGAACAUGAGAUAUCAGAAAAUGUGAUUCAGCUCGUGUGAUCUCAUUUGUGCAAGCUGGUGACAAAUCCAGAGUUGCUGUAGCCCUGUGAUGUUUACAUAGUGAGCAAAUCUACCCCUCCCCACUCUGCCAAAAGUACCGCUCUCACAGAGAAGAGGCUUAGGGUAGCUUCCCUGAGACCUGAUCUAGUCCGUGACUCAACAGUCAGGAGAGAGCCUUUUUCCUGAUACCUCAGCUGUGUCCCGUGUCUCUUCACUCAGUUAAGAAGUCCAAGUUAGGGAAGGAUACAGCCUGAAUGUGGCUCUACGAACCAAGCUCUUAUCUGGGCUGCUGUCACUGGGAAAGCACUGUGUUUCUCAACUCUUUAGCCAAGUGUAACACAAACAGGAAAGGCAGUAAUUGAACAUCCUUUACUUACUGGAGCACUCCGCAUAAUGGAGGACACUCAGUUGGUUUUAGUAGCCUAACAGCCUUUUUUGUGUCCACUUCUAACUGCUUGGCAGUUUCUAGCCUCAGAUUCCUGGUUCUGUCUUCAAUCAUAAAUGUUGAGUAAAGAAGUCGAAACAAAACCCAACACUCCUCUGCCUUAUCUUUAUCUAGACUUCUGUUUCUUUGUUCCUCAAACACCAAUCAUGCCUCAGUCUGGUCUGGAGACCACUGUGUAGCCCAGGCUUCUCAUAAUCUUCCUACCUCAGCCUCCCAAGUACUGGGAUUAUAGACUAGGUGGCCUUCAUGCAGCUCCACACCUGUUCAUCAUGUGACACAGGAAGGACAGAAUCAUAGCUGACAUCGUUGUCUCAUCUUCCUCUUCUGCCCAGUGCAGGAGAGCAUCUAUCACUAGUAAUGCACACAGGACACCCAGGGCAGGGUGAGCUAGCACGGAACGGCUCACUUAGACAAGGAAGAGGAACAUAGAAUGGUGUGGAGUCUUGGGCUUCUAGAAAUGAGGGAGCUGAGAAAUUGCCCUCAUGGGCAAAUUCCUUGGGCUGUGAUCACUAGACCGUCAGAUCAGACAUUUGCCCAGAGGACAGGCCCAGGGCCUCAUGCCCGGCACCUCAGGGUGUGUGGCCCCUACAUGGAGCCUCAGAUGAGACUGAGUGCUUUGGGGUUUUUUGUUUUUUUUUAUGAUUUCCCUUCAGCAGGCCUUGUCUAUAUCAACUUGUAAGAAAUGGGAUUCUUGGACCAAUUGAGGCCCUGACUCUUUGAAUGGAAAGCAGAACAACAACCAUAUUGUUAGGACAGGUGUCCUGUCCUAACCAUAGCGUAGACAUCAGGCAGUAUGAGACAGUUUCCCAUUCUGUCCAUCACCUCACCGAGGACUCUUGUCCCGUAACAAGUUUACAUUUGGCCUCGUGCUUUAAUAUUUAUCAGUGUACUUCCUGCAUCUCUCACACUACGCAGGAGUUGAUUUGCAAGAAAUAUAUUUGGGACUUUUUUUUAUACACUGGUGUCGGAAAAUGCAUAUUUGCAUAGAAAUAAUCUUUAGCCAGCUCCACUUUCCCAGUGUGUCAAAUUUAUAAAUAUCACUACUGCGAAGACAUAUUUUUGGAUCCGGAUUUCCUCCCCAGGUUGUUUCUCCCUCCAUUUAUCAUGUGUGGGUCACCAGGCACCACAUGCACUUGGUUGGGAUUUCGUUCCUGAACAAUUUAUUUACCCAGAUUAUGUUUCUGAAGAACAAAGCAACUUUUGUAUUUUUUGGUAAGUUUUAGAGCGUCAACAUUUCUAAGUACAGCAAUCCUGCUAGUGAAGGGAGAACACAGGGCAGCAUUUUAGACUCUAGCCUGCUUCUUCUUCCACUUUCCCUUCGGUCCGCCAUGUACCUCUGAAGACGUAUGGUUUUAGUGGCCAGGUAAAGGAGUGCCCAGAAACUAGCCAGGUUACACUCACUCCAGGACCUGAGAUGCCAGGACCUGUACAGCAUUAAAGCAAAUGGUCAGAGUGCGGCCACUGGACUCAGCUCAGUGGCACGGGACUUAAAGGCAUUUUAUUAGAGUUAACCAAGCACCGCAUUGUCUGACAGUGAUUGCUGCUUGUGCAUCUCUCCAGCCAUCGACAAUUUCCCCCACACCUCCCUCCAUCCUUUCUCUCUCUUCCCCAUCUCUGUUCUCCAUACUAUCAGCUCUCCCCUCCCAACUUCCUCUCUAUCCCCUUGGCUUCCUUAUUUUUCUAACUUUUAUUCCUUGACCCACUCACAACCCUCUGGUAUAGCUAUCUUUCAAUUUUUGCCUGGUGACUUUGCACGUUUUAUAAUGUUCUAAUGGCUAUUCAUGAAUUGUACUUGGUCCUGGGUUACAUAGGAGAAUUUAUACAUUUUCACAGAUACAGGGAGUAUAUUUUCCCCUUAAACCCCAUUCUGCCCCUUCCUUUGGACCCCUUUGGUCCCCUCAUCAAUUGCACCUUCAUAUCAUACAUUCAUACUCAAUUUCAUGUGUCUGUAUCAAACCUGAGAUCCCCAAAUGAAAGAAAACAUCCAUCCAACAGUUGUGUUUCUGAGACUGGCUUAUUUCAUUACAUGUCAUAAUCUCUACUGGAACCCAUUUCCUUGCAAACAAUAUAACUUGAUUUUUCUAUAUUCUGGGAGAAGUCCCACUGUGCAUAUAAGCCAUAUUUUCUUUGUCCGUUCCCCUAUUGUUGAGCACCUAUUUGGUUCUAAAGUUUAGUUACGGUGACAUGUGCUGUGGUAAAUACAGAUGUGCAAGCACCUCUGGGAUGAGCUGACUAAGGCACAUAUUUUUUGCACCUAUUUUAAUAAGAUUCAACCUCUCCUCUUGCCCAUCACCCAGCAGAGGUAUUGGGCAAGAAAAGUUAUUAGAAUAUGGGGGAAGUGGACUUGUUUAGCAAUAGUUCUUUGGUGGAGAACUCAAUCUUCUUUGUCAGAAGUUCAAUCCAGUAGCAAAUACCAAAUGGGAACCAGCACUUCAGUCCAGUCCUCUCAGCAGACAGACACCACACAUGAACCAGUAGCUGUAGUUCAAUCCUAAAGAAGCCACAAGGCUUACCAACCAACGUGAGGCAAGGCUGUAGAAUUCUCAAUGGCGGUGGUGUUACCAGAAGCACAGCUCAACAAUGCUCUGUAAGGCGAACCCAUACUUGCGUGUCAUUAGCCAAGAAUAGCGAGGCAAACCAAACCCAAGCUCUCUGUCCCACUGUCUGUGGUGUCAUAUUCAUACUCCUUCAUCCAGAGUCCUUUUAUGUGUUUGCUAUAUCAAAACAUCCUUUCACCUGUGCGCCCCAGCAAACCAUCAUUUGACCUAAUUGACUUUCCAAACAAACCAGAAGUUUCCCCUUCAGUUGACUUUGAGUCUUUGUGGUGCCACCGAGUCACAUGGUAGAAGGAUUAUUAGACUUAAAGGUUCUGUUUUUCACACAUUCCCACCAGCAUGAGCCCCUUUUGUCCAUAUCCUGGCCAGCACUUGUUUGUGUUUACUUCACGACUGCUCCUCUGCCUGGGGUGUCAGUGCAGUUUCAAUCCUGUCCCAUGUGGCCUGACUGCCUCUGUUGUUGUCUUUGUCCUUCCACUAGUUGUCUUGGUGAUUUCCAUGUUCAUAACUGACUGACUGAACAAAGGUUUCAAUUGCUUAGACAUCAAGUGCUACAUACCUUUUUUUAAGCACACGUAUGGUUAAACAUUGUAUAUAGUUAACACGAAAUAGCUGCACAGCUGAUAAUUCAAGGAGAAUCUUGAAAUGACAGGACUAUUUGGAAUAAAUAUAGGACUUGGCAUUUUGUUUUGUUUUGCUUGAGACAGGUCUCUCUGUUGUGUAGUUCUAACUGUGAACUUGAUAUGCAGACCAGGCUAGCUUUAAACUCACAAAGAUCUACCUGUCUCUAACUUCCAAGCUCUGUGAUUAAACAUGUGCACUCCCACGCCUAUCAGGACUCUUCGUUUUCUUUUUUUUUCUUUACACACACACACACACACACACACACACACACACACACACACACACACACAGGUUAUUGUGUCAAGCCAGAAGAGGAAGAGAGGAAGAGAGAGAGAGAGAGAGAGAGAGAGAGGGAGGGAGGGAGGGGGAGGAAGAGUGGAAGAGUGGAAGAGAGUCAGAGAGAGAGAGGAAGGAGGAAGACUCUUUUUCUUACCUCUUCCUCAUUGCAGUGUAUUUAUAAGCUAUUGCUCACAAAUGAAGUAAUUCUGCCCAGACCCCAUGACAGUGCCCCUUAGUUUCCCACCUUCUGGUCUAAAGCAUGUAUGGUCCGGUCCCCUAGAGACUUAUCCCAACCUGCAAAGUAUAAAAUAGAUGAAACAUCACUUCCUGACUUAUGGAAGACUAGGGAUCUUUCAGAUGUAAGGAAGGCCCCCAAGUCAGACAGAUGUUGAAAAUGGUGACGAGCCUUGAAAGAACACCUGAGAUCAGAGCCACUCUGCCUCUGGCUGGGAAGAAGCAGGCAGCCCUGUUGUGAGAGCCUACCUAUGCUAUGGCUUCUGGGGAGCGAGAGUGACUACAGGAAGACAGGAGACAUCAGUCCUAUAACCACAGUGAAAUGAGUACUGUGGGAACCGGGCUACAAUGGUGCUUACUGCCUUGUGUUAAGUAUCGUUUCAUUUUUGUGUUUGAGAACUGGCCUUAAACCACAUGAUGGAGGGAGGGUUUAUGUUGGCUUAGGGUUUCAGACAGUCCUAUUCAUGAGGUUGGCCCUAUGGACUCCAGCAGAACAUCAGGGCAGCAGGAAUCUGUGACAGAGGAAGUUCUUGCCAGACCUGGCCCUCAAGGAACCCUCACCAGUGACCUCCUUCUAGCCCCAUCUGCCUUUUUUUUAAAAAUCAAGACAGGGUUUCUCUGUGCAGUCCUGUCUGUCCUGGAACUCGAUCCAUAGACCAGGCUGGCCUCAGACUUAAAGAGAUUCACCUGCCUCUGCCUCCCAAGUGCUGGGAUUAAUAGCAUCUGCCCAACUACCCAGGUACCAUAUGGUUUUUUUUUUAUCCACCUCCCAAUAAUGAUAAAAUAUUAGAAUCCAUCAACGGAUUGAUCUAUUGAUCAAUCCAAGACCAUGGUAUAGGAGAACAUGGCGGACACUGUGUGGGCCAACCAUAAGGCCUCUGAUGAGGUCAUAGCCCCAUCAGACAGUGAUCUCUCUGCCCAGGAGAGAAUCCAGCUCAGCCAGGCAGUCUUGUCUUAUGUUAAACAGCAUUGAGAGAAGUACAUUCUAUAUCACAGACAGACACUACCUUCUAUGACAUUUGACUACUGAGUAAGCUUUAAUUUACUCAGGUAUCAGUGAACUCAAAAAACCAAAGAACAAAGCAACAACAACAAAAAUAUCAAAAGAAACCCAAAAAACCUUCAGUGUUCCCUCUCCUUCUCUGUGAGGAAAACAUUCCAAGAGGCCCAAUAGAUGCCUGAAAUUGCAGAUGCUACAACACUGUAUGUCCUAUUUCUGCCUGUACAUCAUCACACAUGGUAAAGUAUAGUCAGUGACUUAGGCACCAUAAGAGAUUAAAAGCAAAAAUGAAUGAUAAAAUAGAGUAACUGUAAUAAUACACCGUAGCAAAAUUACCAGUAUCAUUUACUCAUUUGCUUGGGGCCUUUAUUACACAGGACGAAGGUCACGGGAACAUCUGCACAGUGGCACUCAUGGUAACAUACCUAAUAACUGGAAUUGCCAGUGUGAGUAACUAGCAUGCAUACACAACGUGGAUCCUGUGGUGUUCGGAAUGAGAAUAACCCCCAGAGCCACACAUAUUUAAAUACUUGGCCCUCAACUGGUGGAACUGUUUUGGAAGGAUUGGGAGGUGUGGCCUUGAUGGAGGUAGAGGUAUGUCACUGGGGUGGAUGUUGAGGUUUCAAAAGCCCACGUGACAUGGCUGAUGGUCACCUUGAGACCUGCUGAUGAGUAAUGAGGUAGCUUCAUGGUAUCUGCCACACUGCCCACUUUAAGAAAGGGAAGUAAGACUCAGCCCAACUCAACUCCAUCCAAGCUCUCCCCUGGAAUCUCACUGACUCAAGAGGUCAUGUGAUUUCAACUAGCUCAAGGAGCAAUGCAAGGACAAGCGAGAACUUGGAAUUACACAUGGGAGCUUCUGACAGCUUGUCUCAUUUGUUUAUUUUAUUUUUACCCACUUUUAUUUUUCCCUGCCUGGAACCAGCACCCUGUUGAAAGGCCCCUGGGCUUCACAUAAUAAAAUAAUGUGCAUUUGCAGCAGGGAAGGCCUGAUGGAACUGUGUGGUACUCUCAGGCUUCUCAGCUCACCCCGUCCUGAUGCUUCUUUCAUUGUCGCCGCUGAAACAAGACAGGAGCUCCAAGCAUUUGCUUUAGAGCACAGUAACUUCUUCAUCACGUUAAUACAAAGCCAGACCUUGUUCCCCUCUUGCAGUGAGAGAACCGUCUAGAGCUUUCCCCCAUAGGACAAUAGCUUUAAUAGCUUCUCUGCGGUUCCUAUUUUUGGCUGUUUCUGUAUAAACAGACUAAUCUAAUAGCACGCUGAACCCAUCUAACUUGGCAGAAUUUCAGAAAAUCACUCAUUUCUAUGGCAAGUUGGGAUGCCAAAAGAGGUGGGGGGAACCCCUCACUUUCAUCACAGAAAGAUCCUCUUAAGGUCGCCUUUCGUGAACAUAAUGCGUCUCUCAUCUGUAGCUCUCUGACACCGCAACUGAAAAUUAUUUAGUGCAGAAAAGUGCAGGGGAGACUUAGGUACAGUGCUGUCCCUGAGUGAUUUCUGACUUCAGUCUUUUGCCUGAUUGGAAUGAGCAUCACGUGAGCGCAACCUUGAGGGAAGGCAUGGUUAUAAAAGGGCGUGGUCACCUGGCAGACAUGACUCACAAGGCCCUAUCAUGUCCCCUAUAAGCUGCAUCAUAGACUCCCCGACCUAGACUCUCAGAUGGCCUGUUGGCUCGGAGCUUGGCCUCAGACUCUGGAACAAGAGCUUAUUUGGGGGACAAGGCAUGUCCUCACCUGCAGCUGCUUCCCUGUACACAGCCUGGGAGGGUCAGGUCUGCAGAUGGCUCCAGGUCGUCCCUGGCUACUAACUCUUAGGAAGAGACUAGAAGCUACUGGGCCGCAAUCACCUAGAGCAGCUUCUAGCCCGAUAGAGGACUCUGUGAUUCCCACUGCUGCCAGGAAAAUGGCAGGUGCCCCACUACGAUUCUGUCUGUGAACUUUGAUUUCCUUGCCAUAGAAAGUUCAAUAAAGCUCAGGUUACUCUAGAGCCUAAGCAAUUAAGCGUCACAGAUGACACAGAUGCUAAGUAAAAGGCCUAAACUUUGUCCCUUCCCCUGACUGCCUGGGGACCAGAGACAACCCAACUGUAAGUUUGUGCAGUGUACUUCUCUUCACCUGCAAGGCCUAGGAUUUCCCCUUCUCUGAAAUCUAUAAGAGGGACCCUGAUCUCUCCUAAGAGUCCCCAACGUGCUACUAUUUAUGGCAUCACUGAUUCUCCUAGUUAUCUCUCUGCUGAAGGACAGCCCCUCCCCAGCGAUCCCCCUGAGUCCCUAGUCUCAGACCUUAUACUAACUUGUUACUGAGAGUAUCAACCAUCAUGCCACUGGAAGGAACCCUUAGCAGCCAUCAUGCCACUGGAAGGAACCCUUAGCAGCUCAGAUGCCAGAGGACAGAGCACCAGGGUUAUAACUGCUGCAGGCAACAGGGUCCCUUUCUGUUCCUGUUCUGGCCUCUUUUCCUCCAUAGGAUUUAGCCACAUCCCUUUACAGUGGGAUGUGAUUUUAGUCGUUGUUUCUGUUUUUGUUUGGUAUACCUACCCUUACUCCGCCAUCCUGACUGCCCCCACCCCAAGUCACCAUUGUUAUCUCAGCUUAUCCAGGCCGUCAAGAUCAGUGGAGAAAGGUGCUUGCCACUAAGCCUGAGGAUCCAAGUUUGAGUCCUGGGGCGCACUUGGUGGGAGGAGGGGACAGACUCCUGUGAACCUUCGUGUACAUCCCACAGCAUGCAAACAUACAAAUAAAUAAAUAAGGUAACCACCAAAUCUUUCCUUCUAGAAGCGAGAUACGAUGGGGCACACCUGUAAUCCAAACACUUGGAAACUGAGACAGAAGGAUUCUGAGUUGAGCAGCCUGGUCUACACAGGAACACCCUGUCAAAAAUGAACUAAAAUAAAACAACCCCACCAGGAUAGUAAAUAGCGUAGGCGAAUUCUCCCAUUGAAUAUUUCACUUUCUGGGUCAGUUUUCUUCUCUGUGUAUUUGCAAGAUUUGCACCCUAGUACUGGCCAGGCCUCACAGCCUGAUCUCUAAGUACCAGAUGAGGGAAAGACAUCUUAGUCUCUGAGCUGGUUGCUUGGUGUGACCAAGCCCCUCCCUUCCUCACACCCUGGCGGUCUUCUUCAUAAUGGGGGUUUUGUCUCCUUGGCGGUUUUCUGAACAGUAGCCCCAGAUGCAAGCCAAGGGCCUACAGUGACCCCGUGCUAAUCUUGGAACCAUCGAAGAGGAACAAGAAGAAAAGAUGAGAGCCAGACUCAGAGAAAAAGAAAGAUAAUGACCCCGUGGCCACUGGGGCCUGGAGAAAGACAGGAAUUGGGAGGAGAAAAGAAAUAAGCAACUUCAAUGGGAAAUCCUGGGGAGAUUCUGUGCCACAUAAUUAAAUGCAUGAUUAAAAGAGAUACAUAGAGUUAGGAAAGUGGGUAACAGUUAAGCGAACCUCCUCUUCCUCCUCUGCUGUCCCUUUUGAACCAACCCAAUAUCUCAUAGAUGUCAGGCAAGCACUCAACACUGAGCCACAGCUCAGCACCUAUUUUAUUUUGAUGUGGGUUUCUGGAGAAAUCUAAAGUACGUAGAAAGUGGCUUCUAGUGCGCUGAACUCUGACAGCCUUAGUCAAUAUGGUUGUUCUGACCAAGGGACGCAAGCAUCCUAUAGACUGGACCAUAGCCACUCCUCAUCUCCAGCUUCAUUUUCUGGCUUAGCCCUUGCCUGUUCAGUGCACUCCUGACAAGCCGUCGUGUAUCCUUGGAGACAGGCAUAACUGAUACUUGGGACCAGGACCCGAGAAGAGGGACUUAAUGACAGCCACGGCUUUAGGCUUAUGAAUUUUCCCAGGACAGCUAUGAGCAGAGUGGGAUCCAUUCCCUUCAUGAAAGGAAGGAGAGAAAGGACUGAAAAUCUUUCUUCUUGUUCAGACUCCAGAAAGCCAGUGUUUCAGGAGGUUCUCCUUUUCCUGUUAAGUAGCAGUAUAUCCCUGUCUCCACCAGACCACUCUGUGUUUGAUAGGAAUGCAGAAUCCAAACUUUCCCAGUUAGCUUUUCUGCUCCGGGGAGAGAAUGUUUUGACCAAAAGCAACGUGGGGGAGGGAAGGGUUUCUUUCAUUCUAUAACUCCCAGUUCACAAUCUCCAAGAGAAGUCAGGGUAGGAACCUAAGAACUUGGAGGCAGGAUUGAAGGACGCCCACUUACUGGCUCUGUCUCAGGCUCAUGCCUGUGGCUCAAGCUCACCCUCCUACCCAUAGUGCCAGCUUCUGAAGGGUGAGAGCCAUGUUUUCCUCCUCCUUUGUAUGCCUCUCCAUGCAAGGAUAAUUACAUAGAAAAAAGCCCAGAAAACGGUUGUUGUUGGAGUCAUUCCAGCUUCUUCUCUCUCUCUCUUUUUAAAGCUCUCUUUGUCUAGAACUUCACAGAAUAAACAUCAGGGCUGCCCCAUGCAUUGUGAGCAUCCCUGCUGGAAUGGAAUUCCUCAGUUUCUAAUUGGAGGUGGGGGUGGGGGGUGGUCUAUUGGUUCCCAGUAAAUCAAGAAAAGAAGAAGCGAGACCCUUGGAGAAGUGUGACUGCUGAAGGGAGGACUAGCCAGCCGCUUCCCUUUCCAGCUGGUUCCCUGAGAGCUUAAGGGGCUGGCUGUCACGAAUGAAUCUCCCAUUAGUGAAGCCUCCGGACCCCUCCUCACUGUGCAUUUAUCUUGCAAGGGGCAUAUUUGGGGGAUGUUGCUGUUCUGUUUUAUCUGCGGAAUGGCUUUCCGUUCCAAGGACUUUUAUAUAAGUAUUCCCUUGAACCCAUUCCAAAAAGUGGGUUUUUAACCCAAUAGACCAUAACUGCAGUGUUUUAUCGUGCAUACAUAUUUCCAAAUGUGAAUGUAAGUAGAUUUAGCAAAGUUAAAAUAAAAUUAAAACUUUUCAAAGGGCACCUCGGUUGCUUUUCCCAUGUUGGACUUCUCCCCCUUGGACUUCUAGUACCAUUUUAAAGACAAAAAAAAAAAAAAGAAAAAAAAACCAGGAAGUUUUUCUUUCUCUUGAGUACUUCUUUUUCUUCUAAGAGGGGGUGGGCUCAGGAAAUGCCUGAGAGGCUUCCUUCUCCCUGAAGCAUCUCCUCUCCAAAGCGAGGGGUGAACUGUCUCUCUGGAGAGUUUGUGUCACAUCUUCUUCUAUUCCCUCUGCUUCCAGAGUCUUCUCUCUCUGUCCUGUGGGCUGCUCCAGUGCUGCCUUUUCUUAUCCCUUGAGCUAAGGAAAAGAAAAGUCGAAACCUUUUCCAGGCCCAGUUCUGGGGUUACCUCCUGCUCUUUUGCUGCUGGGCCUGUGCAGACUCUGUUGUCUCUUCCUAGGUUAAUUGUCCUCUCUUGCCUUUUCUCAUAUCUUAGGGUUCCGUCAUUUUUAAUUUCCCCUUUCACAGCACCCCUCCCUUACCUCUUGUCUUAACCCCCAACUUUAGUCCCCCCACCCUGCCUCAUUGUCUUCUCUCUCACACUAGACUCGGAUCCACGUGGGCAGAGGAAGGGUUUUAGUGUGCUUUGUAGAUCGUCUACCUCUGGUGAUAAGCCCGUAGACUAUGAGAAGAGUUAUUGAUUGACUAAAAGAUGCAGGUGUGCUCCCUCUCGCUACCCCAGUUGGAAGCAUCACCUCCCAGGCACCAGCAUCCCAUCUGCUCAGAUAGAGUUCUUGGUAGACAUUGGGAAACUUGGAUUCUGGGGGAGGUGGGGUGUCGCGCCCACCUCGACCGGCAAGGAAGACGCAACACCAUUGGAUCCUUCUCAAUCAGCCUUUAUUGCAGGAACACCUUAUUGAUGAUACGGGGACCCAAGGAACAAAGGCACUUGCCUUAUAUACAAGACAGGCUGUGGCUGUAAAUUUGUCCACUGGGGAUUGGUGGAGCAUGAAAUACCUAUUUAGCAUGAAUAUCACCCUGGCCUUGUAGGUGCUGGGGGUCUGCCAACACAUGCGCUGUAGGUGUUUACCACAAACGACCACUGGAUGUCGGCGCCAUCUUUAGCCGCUCCCUACAGUGGGGGUUGGUCUCACCAUUUCCGGUAGCUUGCUGGACCUUGCUUAUUUAUCCCAAAAAUAUGGUUUGUACUGGAACCUGUCCUUCCUGGAAGCUGGGAUUCGGCCCCACAUCCAAAAGCGUUUCCUAUAUGAACAGCCUCCAGGAGAAGAACCUUGACUACUGCAUGAUGAAGCUUCACUGGCUAUCAGUACUCGAUGGGUCCUUACAUAUCCUCGUUGGAGCAGUAAAGUCAUUCUGGGAGAGGCACUGUUGGGAUUCUGCACCCAGCUUUCUUAAUCUUUCCACCCUGCACGCAGUCUGCUUUUAAUCUGUCUGCCAUGACGUUGCCUGGGAUCUCCAUGAUAAGCCCGAGUCGUGCUGUUCUACAUGCUGGACACACACUGGGCUUCCCGGGUCCUGACUGAGAUCUGUAGCAUUUGCUUUUCUGGUCAAUGUGAUCUGACAAGAUACACCCAACUUAUUGGGGAAAGCUUCUCUUUGGGUUCCCAGUUCAAAGAGAUGCAUGCUGGGAAAGCAGAGGUGAUAGGAGCAAGAAGCAGUCGGCCCCACUCUUUCUACCACAGUGUGAGUAUGUGUGUGUACUGCAUGCAUUUGAGUGUGCAAGUUGGCCUACCCAUACAUAUGCAUGCAGAGGCUGUAGCAGAAAGUCUGGCAUGUUGAGAGGCUCUCUCUCCCUGAGGCAGAAGCUGACCAUUUCAGGUGGGAUGCACGUCUAGUGUACACUCUCAGGGUCAGCCUUCCUUCACCUCCCAGUGCUAGGUUACAGGAACAUACACAGCAAUGCCUAGCUCUUUUUAGAUGGGUGCUGGAGAUUUGAACUCAGGCCCUCAUGCUUGCACAACAGGUUACUCACUGAACCAUCUCUCUAGUCCUCUUUUGCCUUUUCUUUAAAUCCCGCCCAGACUCCCAGCUCCUGGAUGUAUGUGUCUGUGUCUCUCCUGGGGGACUCACCCCUGUGAUGCCCCUGCUAUCGCAUUGCCAAACCACUUCUCCCCUGCCUUCCCCCUCGGCCUUAUUAUAACCUGAUCGGUUACCAUGAGUGCAAAGGAAAAAGAAUCUUGUCAGGGAGGAAGCCAGUUUCGGGCACCCCCAUUUCAUGGAUAAAACAAUGAAGACUAGGAGAGUUUACAGGGAGAUUCUUGUGUUAGAUUUUGAAGGCUUCUUCCCCACUUCUCCCAGUCCCUAGCUUUAAGCCAGAGGUAAUUGUUACUUUCUUACAGUUUUACAACAGAGUUCCAUCUGGCCUUUCCCCAGCUCCCUAGAACACACACAGGCUGACAAGGGCGGCUCCUGCCCUUCCACAGGCAGGAGUGGAGCCAACAAGCCAGUGGCCCCAGCAAAGCCACUACAAAGUCCCCUGCUGCAAGGCCCACAGUGCUAGAAAGCAACCUGCAGCCUCCUUCGUGUUGUGAAGUGAGGGGAUGAGUUAGUUGCUGACGUUCUUCUCUCCUUCAUGUAUGAUUCAUAAAGAGGGGGCCGGUAGCUGCCCUGAGCUCCCAAGGGCACCAGACAAGGGAGUGGGGUUAGGAGUGGAGCUUGUUUCCUUCAAUCAGGUGCAGGCCUCCUCAGGAGAGCAGCAGAGGGACCCCUUGUGGCCCUCUUCUCAGGCUUCUUGAGACUGAGAACAGUUUUAGCUGCUUCAGCCAAAGGGCCACCUGCCCCUUGGUUGUUUAACACCAUACAAGACAGAAGGUGGCUAGUAGCCAAGGUAGUUUAAGGCUGGGUUUCGCCAGCUAUGGUUCCCAUGGAUGGCACAGUGGGUGUGACUGCAUGUGAAGCCUCAUCCUUCUGCACCAGUGACCUCUUUACAUCUGGAGGAGAAUUUCUUCCAUUACCAGAGAGUCACUUGAGUCUCUGAGGCCCUUCCUCCCAAAUGCAAGUGUCCAGGAGAUUAGGGGGAGAUAAAUAGCUGUCAACUGAGUGCAGAUAGUUUGUUCAGCCUGUGACGGGUACCUUGUCACAACCCAAAAGUCCAAGGCUAUCCUGGGCUAAAUAAAGAGACUUUCACACACACACACACACACACACACACACACACACACACACACACACAAGUGGACGUUGAAAUCCCUGAGCUUGGAAAGGGCUUUGUACUGAAGGUGUUCUAAUGGCAUCUCUCACUGGCUCACUCACUCAGUCAGCAGAAAUUACUUCUCUUUGAGUGGGACAACAGGUGUGUGUGUGUGUGUGUGUGUGUGUGUGUGUGUGUGUGUGUGUGUGUGUGUGUGUCUGAGUUGGGGUUAGGGUUAUGUGGCUGCAAAUUAGCUAGCAACCUGAAACCCUUGUGGGGUAUGUGAAUCCCACACAUGAACAAGCCCAGCCGUUCAGAAGCCCAGUAUUACCCUGAAACAGGAGUGUAGGUAUGUGUGGCAGCGAGCGAUAAGGGCUCAAUGUACACACAGAAAUGAGGCAAUGGUAUCCAGAGCAGAAGGGAGCAAGGAAACUAACUCAGAACUAGGCAGCAUGCUCUCCUAGGUUUGUAAGACUCGAAGUGAGUCUUAACUACCGAGAGACCCUCCAAGUGAGACACGAGAACGGAGUUCGAUGCAAAGGAAAGAUGUUUAUUUUUCCAGCGCAUCAGGGGUUGACCCUCAAUCAGCCCCUCGUGGCGAGUGACUAGAAGGCUACCCCAAAUGGCUUUAACAAGCAGUUCUUAUACUUUGUAGGGGUACAGGUUAUAUCAGCAAGGUUACAGUUUAAACCUAUUGGUUAAGCAUAUUGGCCUUUGAAUCUAUUGGCCAGCAAGCAUAUGACAUGCAUUCGAACUCUCAUCUGGGACCAGAGGGUCAGGUGACUCUCAGUCAGUACAUUCUGCAGUAUUUCAAGAAUGUCCCUGCUCCUCCCGAGAACUGUGGGUGGAGAAUGGAACUUGGCCUAGCCUUGACCCGAGGUGGGAAGCUGGUACUUGGCUUAAAUCUUGACCUGAGGCAGUGGGUGUAAGGCUGACAAAAGUCCUAGGGUCCUUCAGGGUCUGUAGUUUCCUUCACUGUAAGGAGUACCCCACCUUACAGACAGAAAGCCUCAUCUAGUGUUACACGAGGCACUAGAAAGUCAGAUUUGACACCUAAGUAUGUCUGCUGCCAAAACUGUAGCUCUCUCAUGGAACCCCUGGUCUGGAUACUAUCAGACCCCGGACUUGCUGGAAUCUGGCUCGGGAGCCCCCAGAAUUAAAUGUGUACAACCUUUUCAGUGUAGACCCUAAGUUCCAUGCCUGCUGGACUGAAGCCUGCCUGUUCCUGUAGCCUAUCACUCAGGAAGCCCAAGGAGGAAUGACACUGAACUUGAAAGCUAGCUACCAACUUAUGUCCUGUCCCAGGGACCACCUCCUUCUAUGCCCACUAGGAAGAACCUAUGGCCUCAGUGAAGGCCAUUUCAGGGAAGAAAGAUGCCUUGGAAGCCAGGUCACAGAGGAAAACGCCUUGUAUUGCACAGGGCUGAAGGGUAGCUUUGGAAGUGCAGGAGAAACCCUGGCUUAAUGGCACUGGAAAUAUAAUUCUGUAACUCACCCUGCCGAUGCAAAGGUGGGUGGUUGUUUCCCGUCCCUGCUUCCCCCUGCACACCUCCCUGCGGUCCAAGGAGAGACAUCUGCACUCCAGCCGCUGUUUUAAAGUGCCUUAGACGGGUCCUUGCUAUUAAGAGCAGGUGACUCUGUGCCAAUAAAAAAUAGAUAUUAAAAAGAAAUCCAUGGAGCUAUUGAUAAACUCAGUUGCUCUCCAGCUGAGGUUAAGGCUUCAAUAAUACAAAAUGCAAGCGGAGGGCGCUAACGGUUGCUGAAUACCUACUACGCGUCACUGGCUCCACUAGGCACCUUAGAAACCUCAGCACAAAAUACCUUGUCACCGAACCAGAUAUAUCAAUAUACUUAAUCACCAGACACUGGGAGGUGAGACGCCAAUGAAGGCAUCAGUCGUUUGGGGCGUGGUCUUUGCUCAUGAUAAGCUCUUUGGAAAAAACAGGCUCCUGACUUCAUGAAGUUUUGCUUCCAACUGUGUUUUUUCUCUUCCUCUUAGAAAAUGUAGUGGCUGCCUUCUCCUCCUUGUCCCUACCGCCCCCAACACACCAGCUUCUUUUGCUUACUGGGAGGGAACCUCUUUACUCCUGCUUAGAGACAACUUUUAACCUUUCUAAUUAUCACGAGCAGGGGAAAUGGUUCACUUGUCCAAGUAGUUGAUCUCGAGAACCCAAGUGUGGUGUGGGUGUCCCAGCAUCAUGAGAGGUGGACAAAAGGCCCAGUGGAAUUACUAGGCAGCCAGCCUAGCCUACUAGGCAAGUUCAAAGCCAGCAAGAAACCCCGUUUCAGGGGGGGAAAAAAAAAAGAGUCUCAUCCCUGAGAAUGAGCACCAAAGAUUGACCUCUGACCUCCACAUGCAUGUGCAUACACAUUCACAUGCACUAGCACACACACACACACACACACACACACACACACACACAUACUUGCACAAAAAGACACACCUAAAAAUUAUGAUUAGUGUUUUUUUUUUAAGCUCCAUGUUCUGAAAUUCAAAGUGACCCUGCAAAGUAAAUGCCUUGUGAUAGUGACAAGAACAGACCACUUAGCCCGGAGAAUAAAACAGGGAAGACAUGCCCCACCCUCUCCACAGAGAAGGUUCGUUUGUGUUUUUGGAAGAGUGUACAGAAGGCUUUCAACCUCCAGGCCAUGGCAUGGUAACUGCUCCAAGCCAUCAGAGCCAAGGCCUGGUCCCGGACUCAUUCCUCAUGUGGCCCUGGUGAGGUAGCUGGUGGUUUUGAGCUUACUCCCCUGGCCCAGAAGUGUACCAAGGAAUCUGGGCCGACAGAAAAUAAAUCACAUGCCUUGAAUGCCUACCACUGCCACUAAAGUCUACCUGAUCCUCAUUGUCUCCCUGUGGCAACCAGCCACUUUGCCCUGAUGGUAUAGGCGAGGCUCUUAAAUGUAUUUGUCACCUGGUCCUCCUCCUGAGCAAUGCACUGCUUGGAACCCGGUCUUUUCAGAACUCUCUCAGUACACAUGCUUAGUCCCAGACACCAUCUUCAGAACAACACAGGGCUGGAAAGUGUCUCCUUGCCCUCCACACACCACCUCCUGCCCCAAGAAACUCCUGUCAGAAACACUGAGUCUGGUGUCUCUGGAUGUUCAGGUCCUUAAGAUUGAAACCAAAUUUAACUCCGUUUGGGCGAGUGCCAAAAUGGAGUGAUAUGGGCCACUUGUUUCCCUGGCCCUGCCCUAUUGUACUGUGUGUGUGUGUGUGUGUGUGUGUGUGUGUGUGUGUGUGUGUGUGUGUGUCUUUCACCACAUUUGCAGGCUUAGAGAGGACCCUUAGAGAGUUGUUAUGAGAAGUCACUGGACUCCCUAAAUGGAAGGCCAGCUGCCUUCCAGAGCUUUUCUUCUUCUGCAUGGGCAGAGGAUUCCCUUUGGCCUAAGUGGACAAGGGUGUGCAGGGUGGCAUUGAGCAGGCUCACCUGUGCCUGUGUGCUGUGCACCUUGUCUCCCAGACCCUUGCUCUGCCAACAUACCUCUCCGAUGCUGCUCUUCAGAGCUCUCCCACCACACUCAAGAUCUCCCGUUAUUCUACAGUAGACACCACCCUCAGCAUGACAGUUUCAAGAUGGCGGAGGUGCUGUCCAUAGUCUCUGUGUAUGAAUGGGUUACCUGAAGCUCUGAAGCUGGCUGGCAAGGGUGGAGUGACUUGAUGAAGUUCCCUGGGUGGCUGGGGUCGGUCAGUGUCUGAACCCAAGAGGCUUGCUGAAGUCUGGCUUGCUCACCUUGAACCCCGACUGUCUCAUUCUAUGACUCCCUGUCCUUUCCCGUCGACACCUCCAAGCCAUUCUUCCUCCUUCUUCCUUCCUUACAGGGUUUUCUCCCAGGCAGGCAGCAUCUGAAAGGGACAGCCUUGCCGGCCUUGGGUUCCGAUAAGAUCUGUCUGGGCUGCCUUUGUCUGGGCUGUACCUGCCGUUUCCUGAAUGGCCCCGUUAAUUGCAAUUGACUCUCAUAGAAUGCGGAGAUCAGUGCCACUUGACACCAGAUGGAUGGUGAUGACUUUUCCAGGUGCCCCAGCAGCAGGCUGGAGGGGGGCAGGGUGCUGGAGGGAAUCUAGUUACAAUAAAGUGCAGCUUUCCUGUUUCUCUCUCCUCCCUCUCACCCCCAAAGCCCCUCCACCACUGCAGGUUUUCAUAGUAAAAGCAUUAGGGGCUUUAUCCAUAGUGAUGUGACUCUAAGAGAACAGCUUCCUCUGGAAAGGUGGUGGGGAGGUAAUUUCCUGCUGGAUCAGGCUUCUUGUCCUUUAUGAACCCCUAGCAAUCCUGGGCUGAAUAGAAAACCCAUUUUAGUGGUAGACCAAUCAAGGCUGAAGAACCAGCCUGCUGUCCACUGUGGGCAUUUAUUUGUUUGUUUAUUGGGCAGUACGGCAGGAGUGGAAUAAGGAUUGGGAACCAAGAGCCCGGUCAGCUGAAAGCCUCAAGUCCCCAGGACGGUGCCUUCUGUCUUCACCUGCUUCAUCCCAGGGAGCUUCAGGCAGGGCAUCAACAUGGUCGAACAUGGUCCAUAGAUCAUCUUGUAGGACCCUCCCGGCACAAUCGUGGGCUCAGAAUUAUCCUGUCUUUCUGCACAUGAGAAAACCAAAGAUUGUGUGUGUGUGUGUGUGUGUGUGUGUGUGUGUGUGUGUGUGUGAGAGAGAGAGAGAGAGAGAGAGAGACAGAGACAGAGACAGAGACAGAGAGAGAGAGAGACAGAGAGAGACAGAGAGAGAGA